GGGAACCCGGUAAAAAUAAAUCAAUACUAUGACACAACUUCGUUGUAAAUUAUUCUUACUCGCAAAUGAAUAAUGGUUAUAAUUGAAAAUAUCCGCUGUACAUGAAUAUAGAAUGUCUUACCAUUCGUAAGUAUGCUGCCUGAAGUGGAUGGUAUUGAACAGUUGUACAAGCGAUUUUUCCAGGAAGCUCAAGAAUUACCUAAGUGAGUUUCCCACAGCUAUAAUUGUCGAUUAUUUUGUUUUAUAUAUAUAUAUUAUUUAUUAUUAAUACAUAAUAUAUGUGUUUUAAUAGGAAACCACACGUUAAAAAGAAUUCUCAUAAAGUCCAAAAAGGAUCAAAACUCUACAAGGUAAUUUACAGUUGUUAGUAUUAGUUAACUGUAAAUUCUUACUAGUUUUUUCUCUUGGCAGGAUGGCGGCUGGACUAUGUAUGUAUCUGGAAAUGCUUCUUCAUUUGCCGUACUAUCUGCUGCUCGUUAUGCUGUAUUUGAUAGACAUGCAAAGAAGUCUGACGAAGUGUAUUGGACCUCUUCGUCAGCUCCAAUAUCCCCCAAAACUUUGGGCCGAGCGCUACAAUCAUCUAACAAUGGACAGGGGCUUUCAAAUUCUGAAAUUGUUAUUCCUAAGGUUAGUAUAUAUGCCUAUUAAUGAUAACAUAUAGUAAUAGUAAUAAUUAAUAGUAUUGAAUUAAUACAAACAAAUCAAAUUUAUGAUUUUUAUUUUUAGGUAGUAGGUAUUGGUAUACGUAGUGUAUUUGAAUUGAUCAAAGAAAGUAGAGUUUCCUCUCCUGAUAUAUGCACUAAAGCUUUGAUGGCUUUAUUAGAUAUUAUUCAGUAUCAAUCACCAGAAGCUUUAAAAGAUGAGCCAUCUGAAGUUAUAGGUAUGUUCAUCUUCAUGAAAAAAUGAUAUUACACAUUUUCUAAAAGUUUUAAUAAAAACAAUGAUUAAUACAUUUAUAGAUCCAUUAUAUGAGCUUUUAUUGGAAAUGUCAAUUGGAAAUCAUGAGAAUGGUACUUAUGAUUUUAAAGCGAUUUCGUGUUCUUGUCUUAUUAGUUUAAUAAUAAUUAGGGGAGAUACUGGUAAAAUUCUAAGCACUUUGACAACAUUACUUAUGUGCCCGUUGAAUGCAUCUCCUAAAAAGAUUAUUGUAAGAUAUUUAAUUUAUACAAAUAAUUCAGAGUAAUUAAUUAAGACGUUUUUGCUAUAGUUACCAAAAGUAUUAACUAGUUUGCAAAAAUGUGUUCGUGUUCUUACACAUGGCGAUUAUGAAACACCUAAUUGGAUUUCCAAUGGAGUGCCAAAAUCAUCAGAAAUUGUAACAUUAAAUUUGAAUUAUUUAAAAAGUAUGUACAAUUUUAUUCCAUUUCAAUAUUAACUGAAUGUACCAUGAAGUUAUGAUUUAUUUUUAGAUGUUAAGGGUCUAGCAUGUGAUGGAGAUUAUUUGUAUACAUAUUCAGAAUAUGGAUUUCAUAAAAUCGGUACUGGUUUUGGAGGUACAGUCAGUGGACAUCCGUAUGUUAAAGUAGCACGUAUACCAAGUAAUUCAUUACAUACCACUGAUGUUUGUCUGGGGUUCUAUCAAGUAAGUAUAUGUUAUUUAAAAUUGUAUUAUAUUACCUGUUAAGUACUUAUUUUAUAAAUUAUUUUAUUGUUCUAGAAAAUUUUAUAUUUAAAAGUCAAUAAUGGAAAUCAAUCUAGUAAUCACGAAAUUGAGUUUUUGGAUAGAGAUACAUUUAAAAAAUUAGGACGUGUUCAACUAGAUAAUUCAGUGAUAUUGGAUACAUCUUGUAAGCCUGUAUUUAAUGAUAAAGAUAGAUUAUGUUUCCUUGAUCAAUCUGCUGUAAGUAUUUAUUGUUAUUAUAAUUAUAUAAUAUGUUAGAUUAGAUACUGUACUUUAAGCUUGUAGAUAUUGUUUAAAUGGGUAUUGAAAAAUGUUUAUUUUUUGCAUGGAUAAUGUCUGUAUUUAAAUGUUUUUAAAAUUGUAUUGUUACAAUAGUUAUUUCUAAUAGCUAUUGUAAUAACACAAUAGUUAUUCUUAAUAGCGAUAUAGUUUAUAUAUUUAUAAUGAUUAGUUUUUUUUCUUUUAUUGAUUAUUUUAUGUUCACCGCAAAAAAUGAUACAGAACGCAUUUUUCUAUGAUCCAUACAAAUUAUAAAAUUUAUGUUAGACAAAAGUAUUGAAAUAUUUGAACUAAGAAAUGGAUAAGUGUACCUAGUUGUUGAAUGAUUAUUGGUUUAGAUAAUUUUUAAAUUAGGUUAAUAUGUGUGUUUAAUAAAUUAUACAUAUUAUAUAUUUUAUUAAAUACAUUUAAUAAAAUAUUUAUAAUAAUUGGUUCAUGUAAAAUCAUAUUUAGUAUAGAAAUUCAUAAAAUACAAAUACAUAAAUUACUCUUGUAUAUUUAUACAUUUUUUCAUAGAAUAACUAUGUGAUUAAAAGUAUUGAUCCAAGUACUGGGAAACUUGUUAAUGAAGUUCCUCUUGUAUUAAGUCGUCGUAAUGUACGAAUUUAUGGUGUGUCUGAUCUAUGGGAUUCCAUUACAGCUGAGAGUGCUAUUAACAGUGCUACCGAUGAAGAAGUUACUUCUGUUGCAACUUUAAAAGACAGCUUUAUUAUAUCAAUAAAGUCUGGAAAAGUAAGUAGAAUAAUAAGUUGAAAUAUUAAUUUAUUCUGUAUUUUAUUCUUUGAUUAUUUUAUUAGGCAAUGCAAUGGUCAAAAUCAAAUGGACAAAGUGUUCUGAAUUGUUAUCGUUCUGUAUGGUCAGAGUUAAGUUUACCUAACCCAUGUAAAAUUGUGAAAGUUGCAGCCGGCCACGAUGGCUUACACUGUGUGUUACUCAGUGAUUCAGGAUCAGCUUAUUUCUUAGGAGUUUCACGGCGUGGUGAAGAUGGUGAUCAUGGAAGAUAUAGAAAGCAACCUCGAGUAGUGAAGCCUAAAAAGAUAGCUAAAUUAGAUGGACAAUUUAUUAUUGAUGUUGCCUGUAAUAACGGUACAACAGCAUUAGUGACUAAAGAAGGUCUUUUGUAUAUGUUUGGAAAAGAUGAUACUUAUUGCGAUACUCAUACAGGUGAAUAUUUAAAUUCAUAAUAUGAAUAAUAAAUUAUACUUAUCAAUAUUAUUUACAGGUCUUGUAAAAGAUUUAAAGAAUGCUAAAAUAGUGCAAAUAGCUUUAGGUAAAGCACAUGCAAUUGCUUUAAGUGCUAAAGGUCACGUUUAUAGUUUUGGAAUAAACAAUAAAGGGCAGUGUGGACGUGAUAUAUGUACCCCUCAGAUUAAUAAAAACAGUUGAGUUUUAAUGAAUAAUAAUACAAUUUUAUAUUAAGUAUUAAUAUAUAAUAAAUAAUGACAAAAUCAAUGUGUUGGUGCAGAUUAUCCGGAAAUAACUAAUAUUGAACCAGCAAACCAAAAGAAUUCUGCUAACGAACAGGGUAUAUUUGAUGAAGACUGUGAUGACAAUAAACCCAAUGAAGAUAUUUGUAAACCAGGAAAACACAACUGGAAACAUGCCAUAUGCAUGGUUUGUACAGUAUGUGGGGAAUGCACAGGAUAUAGCAUUAGUUGUCUUAGUAGCAUACGGUCCAAUAGAAAAUCUGGCCAGUAAGUAUAAAGAAAUAAUUAGGGUUUAUAAUUGAUAUGGCAAUAUAUUUGUUUUAUUUGUUGAGUAUGUUAAGUAAAUAUAGUCCUAAUAUGUUUAAAUAUUUGAACCUUGGUGUAUAGUUGCACUUGGUUAACCAGUAUUAAAAAAAAAAAUGAAGUACAUUUAAAUAUUUAACUUUGAUUUAUUGAACUAAACAUAAUUUGUUUUAAAUAUCUUGUUAUUUUUACUAAACAUAUUGUAUAUUGGGUAUAUUUUUUUAUUUUUAAAGUAUUAUGUGCAUAUUGUUUUUUUUUUUUUUUUAACGAAUACUAGCCUAGUCAUCAGUAAUAAUGUAUACACUAUGCUUUUGAUUUUAUUUUAUUUCGAUAAAUUCAAGAAGGGAAAAAAUAUAUUUUUAGGGAAUGUGGCUGUGGCGAAGGAGAUGCUGGAUGUUCUAUUUGUGGAUGCUGUCGUAUUUGUGCUCGAGAAGUUGAAGAUAAUUCAGAAUUAGCUAUACUUGGACCAAAUGGUGCCGGAGAUAAUGGAGGAAUGAUGAGACUUGAUGUUAUAUUUGGUAUUGGAGGUAGGAAUAUUCAAUUUAUUUUAUUUUAUUGUUUUUUUUUUUUUAUGAUAUUAAACUAAUUAAGGCAUAUUUUAUUAAUUGAUAAUAACUGCUUCACCCCAGCACAAAUUUUAACUUAAAUGCAGUACUGUAAUAUCUUAAUAUUAUAUUUACUUAUUCCUUACCUUAAUUGUAUAAAAUCUUGGUACAAUCAAUUUAUUAUUAUCAGAUAUUAAAAUAUUACAAUUUUACUGGUGAAGGAAAUAAUUCAUAUAAAUAUGAUAAAAAAAAUCAGUAUUCCUUGAUAGUUCUUAAACUGUUUUAAUUUUAUCUAGUAGUAAUUGUUUGAUUAAGGCCCUUCUCAAAAAAAAUGUAGUUGCUUGUAUACUUAAAGUCUAGGUAAUUAGGUGACUGAAGUUUCCAGUUAUCCUCACAUACAGUUUAUUAAAAUAGUGUCAACUUGGGAUUUCACUGAAUGUUUUCAGUAUUUCAUAUAGUUGAUUUGUUUAUAUUAUUUUUUAAUAUUUGUAAUGUCUUUAAGUAGUGAUUCUAGCAGUGAUGAAGGUAUUGUUCUUUACCAUCAUUAUAAAUCUGUGAGUUUAACUUCAACGUCUACUUCACUCCAUGCUUUGUCCAUCAUGUUUUUUCUCGAAUAGCUUUUUAACAUGUAAUUGUAUAGUUUGGUGUGCUUUUCUAUUUCAUUGACAAAAUUUAUAUUAAAAUUUUACUCGAUAAUGUAAAGAUAAAAUUAUCACAAAAUUAAAAUUAUAUUACAUAAAAUACAUUAUUAAAAACUCGGGCAAUUCUGGCAACUAGAAAAGCGAGGAGAUUUGUCAAUUGUUCAGUUGCGGCAAUUUCAGUGACAUCAUCUACGCUAUUUAAAUAUGCAUGUUCAGUCGCCUAGUAGCCUAAUCUCCUAAUAUCCAAGCAACUAUAGUUUAUUUUGUGUAUCAUCGUGUGAGGAGGGCCUAAUAGUUAAUUGUUUUCAAUUUUGUAUGUAUUUUGAAUUUAUGAAUAAAGAUAAAGUAAGUACACAUCAAGAAGCAAGACUCGAUGAUCAUUUAAAAAAACGAUUGAAUAAACGUGAACAACGACAAAAACGGCAUUUAGUAGCACAACCAGAUUGGUCCAGUGAUGGAAAUAUUGAUAGUAAUGUACAAACAGCAAAUAAUACAAACAUUCAUUUUCAAUCUCGUAAUAGUAUUUUAGCCCGAAGUUUCAUUGGUAUGAAAAUAUAUUUAGAACAUUUAAUAUAUGCUUGAUAAUGUUUAAAAAUGUUUAAUUCAAUAGAUGAUUCAGUUAACAAUCCAGGAAGUGAUAUAGAGAGAGAUACUGCUAGAGUGACUAUUCUACCCCCAGCACGUGUAUUUUUACCUUCUGACUGCCCAGUGGUUCAAAUUAGUUGUGGUUUACACCAUACAGGUAUACUUUUAUAAUAAAAUAUGUCGAAUAAUUUACUUACAAUAAUUAUAUGGUGCUAUUUUAUAGUAUUACUACUGAACAACGGGAAAGUGAUUACAUUUGGCAGUAAUUCUAAUGGACAACUUGGGUGUAGUCUAUCACUCACUAAGAAAGGCCCAACUAUAUUGAAAAUACCGCGUUUGAAGAACCCAAUUAUUAGUGUAUCAGCUGGCAGUAACCACACUGCAUUAGUUUCAAAAGAUGGCAAACUUUAUACUUUUGGCAGUUAUCUAGUAAAUAGUCAACAUUUUAUCUCUAAUGUUAGGUUUAUUGUAUACAAAUGAUUUAUUUAUAUAAUAAAAUUAAAGAAAAGUCAACUUGGCCGUGACAGUGGAUGUAAUCAUGUACCAUUAAGUGUUGAAGACAUAAAUCCACCUCAUACUAGAAGAGCAAAAGUUGUUAUGUGUUGUGGUGAUCAGACAAUUGUAAAAGUAGAUGAGGCAUUAAUUAAUAGUAAAAUACUGUCUAUAGCUGCUAACAAUGAUACUAUUUGUAAGCAUAUUAGAUUUGAAACAAUUUGUUUAAAUAUAAAUUAUUUUAAUUUACUACAAGCUUACGCGAUUAUUUAAUUUGUAUUAAUAUUGCAUGUCCAAUAAUCAGUGGUGAUGACUUCAAAUAAAUGCUUAGCUAUUAACAAACAUGAUGGUACAUGUAACAGUUAUUCUGGAAGUAAUCAAAUACAAUUUGAUGAAAAACAUACUGGAAUGUGGUGCUUUGACUUGUUAUAUAAUAACUUAUGGCAGUGAGUGUUUUAAUAUUAUUACUUUUAAUUAACACAAUAAAAAUAUAUACUAGUAAAGUUAUUACUUAUAAGUAUGUUCAAUAAUAAUAGAAUGUUUAUAUUAAUUUCAGUAUUAAUGAUAUAAGUGAAAAAGUGAUAGUUACUUGUUACAAUGUGAAUAACGCGUGCAAGAAACAUUAUGAUAGUUGUUCCUUAUUGAGUUAUGAACUGGCAUUGCCACCCACUGCUGGGAUUUCAGUGUCUAGAAUUCAAGUUUUAAUCAAUUUACUUAUGUGCAUGGAUAUUUUAGCUCAAAAUUCAUCCAUGUUUCCUAUUGGUAUUGCGUCAUCGUCAAGUAACAUACCAGUUUCAUCAAAUACAGUUGAGACAAAAAAAGAAUAUUUACACAUCAAUCGAUUUGCAAGUAUGUGUAAUAUACAAAAUAAUUAUGAUAUAAUUAGUUAAAUUAUUAGCUCUUAUAAAUAUGUUUUUGUUUUAGGUUUGGGUGGUGGUUGGGGGUAUUCUGGACAUUCAGUUGAGGCUAUUCGUUUCUCAGUUGAUUGUAAUAUUUUAUUAGUAGGAUUUGGUUUAUUCGGAGGAAGAGGAGAAUACUCUGUUAAAUUAAAGGUAAAAUUAAUUGAUUUAUUAAUUUGUCUGUCAAAUAAUUAAGAUGUAUAUAAAUAGAUUUUUAAAAUGUAUAUUUAAUAAUUUUAAGUUUAAUGGAAACAUAAAUAUUAAUUUAAUUUACAUUUUACAUUUAACAUAUUGUUUCAAAAGUAAUUUGAAAACUCAGUUUCAAAGUGAUUUAAUUUAUUUUGAACAUACUAUUUGUUUAUUCAUUGAAAAUAAAUAAUAUUUAGUUGUUAAAAAAUAAAAAUAAAAUUGUGUAUACUAGCUUAAUAAUUAUUGUGCUAUGUUUAGCUUUAUGAUAUUGGUUUGAAUGGAGGUGAUCAAGAGUCUGAUGGCGAACUGAUGGCUGAAACUGACGAACUUAUGUAUGAAUGUUCUCCUAGACAGAAACAUCCAGUUUUAUUUGAUGAAUCUGUUGCUCUUUAUGUAAAUAUUAUUGUAAUUAUAGGUUAUUUAAAAUAAUAUUUAUUGUUGUAUAUUAUAUUUAGGCAAAUCGAUGGUAUGUAGCAUGUGCUAGAAUAACCGGGCCAUCAAGUGAUUGUGGUUCCAGUGGAAUGUGCAGUGUUACAAGUGACGAACAGUAAUACAAUUAUAUUAAUAUACCUAAUUAAAUAAUUAUUAAUUUUAUAUAUAUUUGUAUGUAUUAGGAUAACAUUUACAUUUAAAUCAUCACGGAAAUCAAAUAAUGGUACAGAUGUAAAUGCUGGACAAAUACCAGAAAUAUUAUACAAAACUGUUAUUCCUGAUUCACUGUCAAUAUCAACUAUACAUACAUCAAAUACUGAUAUUCACAUUUUAAGUGAUUCGUUUUCUCACUCUGUCAAUAAGGUAAUUUAUUUUUUAUUAUUUAUAUUUAUAUUGUAAACAUUGAAUUUACAAGGUGAAUAAUGUUUGGUACAAAAAAGGGGAGGGUGAAAACCUAUUCAACUAAAUAAACUAUUAAACAUAGUUGAUGACAUAAAUUGUUUACUUACAUUUUAAUUAAUUAUAGCUAAGGUUAGAUAUUUUUAAUUUUAUAUCAAUUGCAUUUUACUUAAAAAAUAACUUUAUUAAUGGUAAUUGACAAUUGUCUUAAUUGAUGACUGGCAACUUUGAUAAAGACCACACUAUUUAUUUUAUUUUAUUUAUAGUUUUGUAUAGCAUGUUUAAUAUUGUAUAUUUUUAUUUGACAGAAAAUUUAAUUAAGCUUUAAAAUAAUUUAUUAAUAACAUGAAAUCUUUGAAAAUUAAAACAACCUUUCUAAUGUAAAAUGUUUAACCAAUAUGAUUUUUUAGUGCUUAUUUUUAAUUAAAGAUAUCCAUCUUUAUAGAUAUAAUAGACAUUUUUUCCAUUUUUAAAAAGUUUUUUCUGGAAUUUAAAAUUAAACUUUAUUGUAAAAACAAUAAAUUUGGUUCAAAAUUUAAAACACCAUAAAGUGCUCAAAUAAAAUAAACCAUGAUAAUAAAUAAUUUUUGUUGGCACAUUUGAUUUUUUUUUUUCAUGAAUUAUUAAAAUUGAAAUUUUAUAUUUAGAAAUUUAAUACAUUGAAAAUAGUAUUAUUCAAUUAUGUUAAAAUAGUUAAUAUACUUUUAAAAUUAAUAUUAAUCUCUGUUUCUUCAGGAAUGUUUUAAUGCUUUGAUAAUACUUCUUCGUUGGUCAUGGACAACAAUUAACAAACAUACUUCUGAAAUGUGUCUUCCUUCUUCACAACAAAAUUAUUUUAUGGAUGUAUCAAAAAAAGAUACUACAUCUAUUAGUGAACUGAAACGGUUAAUGUUUAUAAGUCAAUCUUGUUUUCGGUUGCUUCGUUCUUAUAUACAUGAGAUAUAUCCAGAUCAAGGUACUAUUUAUUAAUAAUUGAUAACUGAAGUAUAUGAAUGUAACUAAUUGAAUUUUGUUUUAUACUUAAUGCAGUUGAUAAAAUUAAGGUACCAGAAACUGAAGCUCUCGCUAGUUGUGUAGUUGAAGUCCGGCAACUUUUGCAAAAAAUACUAUCAGAUUUUCGUCCACAUGAUGUAUUAAAAAAUAUAGACCGUAUAUUCAUAGAAAAUAAAGGUAAUAUUAUUGAAUAUAAUAAUUUUUUAAGGCAUACAAAUCAUUGAUUAACGAUUACAUAUUAUAUUAAAAAAUUAACUUAUAGUUAACUCCUUAUUUCCUUUUUCUUUUGUCAUAGCUUUUCUCUAAGAGUUUGGGCUACCACUACGUAUCUUUAUCUACCAUUUCCUUCAAAUAUACCUAAAGUAUCCUGCAUUGUGGCUUUUUUCCUUAAAUCACCCAUUCGAAAACUGCUCUUUAAGUUAAUUUUCGUUUCAUCAUAUUAUACGAUCUGAAAACUGGAUUCUUUGUCACUUGUUAAAGUUAUCAGUCCCAUAUUCAUCACUCUUUGCAGUACCCUAUUAUAUCUUUUUCACCAAAUUCUUCUUUAGCCACAUUAAGUUUUAUAUUAAUUAUAGUCAUCAAUAUCAAAGUAAAUUCAUUUUCAAAAAAGUAUUGAUCUACUCGUUUAUAUAUAAUUACUAACAAAAUCAAAUUUUUAAUUGAUUCUUAAAAUUGUUAAACCAAUAAAAUAAUUGAAAUUUUUUUUUUAUUUACUUAAAAAUAAUAAAUAUUAAUUUUUAUUAACAAGUUAUUAAUAACAAAAUUUAAAUUUCUUUAAUAAUUCGAGAGUUGGUUCUAAGCUAUUAUAUUUCCUUAUAAGUAAAAAAAAUUAAUACAGUAAAUUAUUUUAAAAGUCAUGGAUGUUUUUCUAGAUUAUGAUUGUUACAUACAUUUUUAAUUUAGUUUUUGAUUAAAUAGACUUUAUUAAAAUAAAUUUUUCUAUUUUCCUGAUAGUUUUCUUUAAAAUUAUUAAAUUUUUUAUAAUUUUGGUCAUUUUGUUGUAAUUUAAAAAAUAAUUAUAUGUAUAUUAAAAAUUGUAUUUAUUAUGCAAAAAAUAUUGUUCAAAAAAUUUGUUUACUUAUUUAGGCAGUUUAUUUAGGCAGGCGUUGUGUUUUUUAGUACAUUAAUUUUAUAAAUACAUUUUUUAGAUUUGAUUUAUUUUUGUUUUAUACAGUUUGAUUUGUUAUUAUUAAUAUUGUUUAUUAUUCAGCCGAUAUUUGUGUUUGGUUACUACUUCUUUAAAGUGACAACCUAUAUUUGUAUUUCAUAUUUGAAAAGAUAAUAUUAUAAAGUUUAAUAAGUAUAUAUAUAUAUAUAAAAAAAACACAAUAUUUUAUAUUCUAUACCAGUGGUUCCCAAAACUUUUUCGUCUAACGGCGCCUUACUUGUAGAGAUAUUCAAUUUAAUAACUAGGUACCUAAUUAACAGAUAAAAAUAUUGUCAUUUAUAUAUUACAUUAAUCAACUUAACACACUAUUCAAAUUAAGAUUUUUUUUUUUAAAGGUAUUGAUUUUUUGAAAGAGUAAUUUUAAAAAUAUUUUUAAGCAAAGAAGUAUUAUUUAUAAAAUCAUACAAUUUACAUUGAUUUCAAUACCUUCAAUGUUUUGAAUUUAAAAGGAAAUUGCUACCUGUAUAUUUUACUGUCUCAGUUUAACUAAUAAGCAACUUAGCAAACAAUAGGCACAUUUAUUAGAAUUAAAAUUGUGGUAUUUAAAUUCAAAUUAAAUUUUGAACGCAAAUAAAGACAAUUUAUAGAGGAGAAUAUUUUUAAGUGUAUCUCUAAUUUUAAUAAUUCUAAGUUAACAGUUUUGUUUUUUGUAUCAUUUAUUUCAAUUAUAAAAUAUGGGUUUGUCCCAUUGUGAUAAACUGAAAACAAUUAUUUAUCAAAGUGUGAAGACUGUACACAGAGUACAGUAAGUCAGACUUUGUAAGUUACAGAAACUUACAAAUUACAGUUAAAAAUUAAAAUAUCAUCCAUACUGAUAUUUAAGUAAAUAGAUAAAUCAAUUUUUAAAAUAAUAGCUUUUAUAAUUUAAACACACAAAUUAUACAAAAUUAUAUUAAUAUUACCUGAAGUAUUUUAACUUAAUAUAUUCCAGCAGGUAAUGAAGUAGUAAAGGUUAUGAUGUGUAUUAAAUGGUUGAAUCAAAUAUUGAAUGAAUGCCAUUCGACAUUUAUAUCUUGUUACCAUGCAUUUUAUCCUUCACCUCAACUGAAAUUGUAUUCUCUCUGGGAUCUUCUGAUGGAUAAGAAAAAUGUAAGCUAUUUUUAAAUAAAAUUAUUUUUUGAAAUUGUAUUUAUUUUGUUAAAUUCUUCUAGAUUGAUCACAAGAAUAAGCUUUUAACUGCUGUAGUGGCUGCACUAUGUAAUACAACAUUUCGACUUCGGGAUCUUAUGCCCAUAUUAAAACCAACAAAGCUCAAUGAGAACACCGGAACAUCAGAUCAAGAUCACCAAUAUUAUUAUCCAUUAUUGAUCAAUGCCACUACAUCAGCGACUCAUACUAAUUUAAAAAACGAACCAAAUUGGGACAUAUUGCUUACCCAACUUUUAGACAUUAUUGCUUUGCCGGUACAAAAUGCAAUAUCAAAUGGAAAAAAGCCUGAUAAUGAUUUAAAAUCACUUUCCACUAACUGUUCUCAUCUUGUUGCAAGGAUUGUAGCUGAACUAUCUUCACAAGCUACCUUAUCUGAAGUAGUAGAGAAUAUGAUUUAUUUCUAAAUAUUGAGCACAUAAAUUAUGUAAUUUAUAUUUAUGUUAUACUUUUAGGAUGGAACAGAAAUGGUUAACGAAAGAGAAAUAUUGCUAACUACUCCUUCUCGAUUCAACAAAAUCAAUCAAACUAAAACGUGGAAUGCUGGUAAUGGAUCACCUGAUGCUAUUUGUUUCUGGGUCGAUCGUGCCGGAAUUGCUAUUGCUGGUUGUGGUGUGUUUACUGGCAAUGGAAGUUAUGAAUAUGAACUUGAACUGCUGGCAGAAGUAAUGAAAACAAAAAAUUGAUAUUAAAAAUAUGUUUUAAUAAUCAACUGAUUAACUAUCAAAAUUGGUUAUAUUAUAAUUUUUGUAGAAAAAUCAAUUGGAAUUUGACGAGCCACAUGGAAACCGUUGGAAAAGUUUAAUUGUAACUAGAGGAUCAUUUGGACCUGAAGAUAGUUCUUUAAACUAUAUUGCAGAUCUGAAGUUUGAUUAUCCUAUACGAAUAAAGGUAAAAGUUGCAUUCGUUUUUAUUUAUAGGAAGAUAUACUUAAGUUUAAUAAUUUAUAACUGAACAGGAAAAAGUAAAGUAUGCAAUUCGCUUAAGAAAUUAUGGCGGUCGAACAAAUAAUGGUGAUAUGGGGGCUAGUUGUGUAAAAGGAUACGACAAUACACUUUUUUCAUUCAAUACGUGCUCAUUGAGUUUAAAUGGAACCACUCAAUCACGUGGUCAAAUACCGAAUAUUUUAUACUAUAGGUAACAUAUUAUGAAGUGUGUAAAUAAUUGUUGGAUUGAUUUUUAAUUUAAAAUUUGUUUUUGCCAGUAACAGUCAUGAUAAGAAUUGUGAUUUUGAGAGAAAAAUAUGUAAUAAAUUUAAAGCUCGAGAGAAUACUCUGCAAUUGUUAACAACAGUUGUGGAUAAAUCAUUGGAGUUAAUAAAUAUGGGUGCUGAAAAAAUUAAAAAAGAUCCACAUGUAUAUAAAUAUUUAGGUGAAUCAGCAAUUGUUAAUGUAUUGCUUCCAUUAGUGCUAGCCCAUAUUGGCCCACUGACUUCUUUUUCUAAAGAUGCAAAGGUUUGAUAUCAAGCUUUAAUUAUUAUGUAUGACAUGAUAUUAUAAUACUAGAGUAUUUAUUAAAUAUAAUUUGCAUGUAUUAUCCAUUUUCAGAGUGCUAUUCAUGUUUUGGAUCUCAUAAAUAAGUUGUUGCCUGCAGUGACAUCUAUUAAUUUGUAUUCCAGUAACAAAUUAGACAUAAUGCAUAAAGAACUAAAUGAUAAAUUAGAUGGAUCAAAACAGCCAGGAAAGUUGAAAUCUUCCAAGACUGAAAUCAGAGAUUACAAAUGUAUGACAACAUCUCAUCAUUAUGCAUGGGUUGAAAGUGAUCAUCCAUAUAAACCUGCCACUGUGUCAAAUUACAAGUAUAUUACCAGUUUAUUAUUAUUACUAUUAUUAUUUAUUGAAAAGUUAAAUUUUUUAUGUUACUUUUUUUUUGUUAGAGUUAAAUUUCCAAAAGAAGUUAAAUGGUUGUGUCUAGAGUUUGACCCUCGGAGUUGUACUGCACAAACUGAAGAUUCAUUACAACUUUACAUUCCAAAUUAUCGAGAUUUUACUGACGAUGAUAACAAACAUGUAGUUACUACUCCUUACAUACCAGUUUUGAAAAAAUUUAGCAAUGAACCAUUGGAAUGGCCUUUUGCUGCUGUAAUGCUGCCCGGUAACAAUGCUAUAGUUUAUAAAAGUUACAAAGACUAUUUUAUUAACUUUGUUUGUAAUUAAUUUAGGAAAUGAAGUCAUGUUUUCAUUGGAAACCGCAUCAGAUUAUCUUAAGAACGAUCGAAUUUCUCGGUAUGGUUUUCGUUGCCUUGUUAUUGGGUAUGAGGUAGAAGAACUAAGUAAAUAUCAAGGACUUGGUUAUGGUCUUGUUCAUUUGGAAACAGAACUUUCAUUUCUCGGAGGCAUGUGUGUAUCAACACUUCUAAAAUGCGAUAUUAUUUUACCCAAUGGUAACAACUUAAAAUAUAUAUUCCUUGUUGUUAUUUAAGAUUUUUUAUUUAAAUACAUUUUCAGAUGAGACAACACACAGUUUAGAACAAGAUUCAGUGUCAGUUGCUGACCAGAUAUAUUCUAAACAUUCAGGAUUGUUGAAAAAAGGAUAUUCAUUAGCGCCAUUCCUUAACAUUCAGCAGGUUAUGGACGGUGUUUUGCCAUUAAGGUAAGUGAUUAGAAUAUUACAUAAGUAUUGCAUGUUUAAAGUCUACAAGGAGAAAAAAAUAAAUGUAAUUUAUCAUUGAGUUUGUUGGGCAAAACAAUACACUAACAGGAACACCUAGAGAUUGGUGUUUUUGUUACUAGUGUAGUAUUCACAUUUUGUUAAAACUUGAACUGUUAGACUUACUAUUUGAAUGGAAACUUAUGUAACUUCAGAGUACUCCUUAAAAAUUUACACAAAAUUGAUUGGCUUUAAGUAAAUGAUUAAAAAUUGUUUUGUUAAAGUUUUAAAAUAGUAUUAUUGAUUAACCAGUCUUAAAGAAAAAAACAUUUUUUGCAACGUUUAAAGAUACCAGUAUUCAUGGCAACUAUUCAGAAAUAUCUUUUUAAAAUCUGAUAUCAUAAAAACUAAAGUUGAUCAAGUGUAAGUAGGAUUGUCGGAGCAAUAGGAAAUAGAAUUAAUAGGAUUAUAUAACUUUUCUUCCUGAUUAAUAAUUUCUUUGUUUUUAUUGAUUUAAAUUUCUUUUGAACUGUUUUUUAGUAUUGUCGGAAAGGUCUAAAGCAAAAUUCUUAUUAUAAUAUAAAUAUAAAUUAUUGUUUUAUCUUUAUUUUAAUGCUUUUUCUUCCUAUUUAUUUUUAUAAUUUUCAAAGCAAUUGUAUACAAAUGAUAUAUGAAUAUUUAUUUGUUUUCAUAAACAAAUAUUGUUUUCAUUUUUCGUUGUAUUAUAUAAUUGUCGUAAUAUCGAUAUUUUGGUGUUUUAUUAUUGAAUUCUGAGAGCAAUGAGGAAGUUAUUUUCAUUUUACAGUUUUCCAGGUUUAAGUUAUGUCUGUAUACUUAACAUAAACAUUUUUUCUUUCUAAUACAAAAUGUGUUUCAAAUUUUUCGUAUUAUAUAGGAUUGCAUAAGAGAACGAAAAUUGGCAAAUGUGGUUUUUUUUAUGUAAACAAAAAAUGAUUUUCGAAAUUUUAUGUUAGUUCCCGGAAAAGAUAGCCAAAAACAAUUAAAUUUAUAGUAGUAAUAUUCGUUUUUAAUUAAAUUGAUUUUCGUCAUGUGGUUUAUUUGUUGUAGAAACGAAAUAUAUUUAUCGAUUUUAUUUUUAGUAGCUAUUAUUAUUUUUAUAGACGCUGUUGAAGUUUUUACAACUUUUGUUCACAUUUUUGAACAUUUUGGCUUUCCAAAGCAUUUUAAAACGUUAAACCAAUCAGAGAAUUUUCGUUUUCUGGUUUAUGAUUUAUAAACUUUGGAAUUUUUGGUUUCGACCAUUCGAUAUUUUAACGAAAUUUCAAAUAUUCAUUAUUCUUACUAUACAAAACCGAGAAAAUCGGUUAAAUACUCAAACACAAUUAAUUAUUGCUGUGUGGUAAAAUUUGAAUUGCCGCGGUAAUUAUUACGAUAUAAUACCUGUUACUUCUCUUAUUUAUUUUUGAUUUUUUAAACCCGUACAGUUUUUCAAUUUUAAAAUUUGAAUACGACAUUAGAUUAAUUUUACCUACCUAUCUUUAUGUUAUAGUUACCUACACGAUAAUAAUUAAUAGUUACUACGAUAUGCGAUAAAUUGCAAAAAAGCUUUUCUUUUUCGUCUUGUUUAUAUAGUAGUUUUUUUUCGGAACUCAAUUAUUUGCAAAAAUAAUAUUACAUGAGCCCUGUUUAAUUUGAAAUUGUUUGGACUCUGUACAAGAUUUAUAUUAAACGAUGAGAUAUUAUAUUUUUUUCGGUUCGUAAAUCAUCACUACUAUUAUAGAUAGACAUUCUGUCUGUCUAAAAAUAUGCUAUUAAAAGAUAUGGAAUAAUUCGUUAUUACGAUGUCGGUUUCGAUUAUUCCUUCGAUUACGUCCAACGUAUUAUUAUUGUUAUGUUUUUAAUUGGACGCCGAUGUAGCCAAUUAUUUAGCGACUCGGUGUAAACAAACUCGAAUUCGUAUACAAUUCCUUGUUUCAUAUAUUAUCGUUAUUUUAGUAUGAUUUCGUUUAAACGAGUCGGAUAAAAACUCGAUAAGGCAGCAAUAAUAAUAAUAAUAAUAACAAUAAACAAAUACAAAGAAGCAAAAACUCUCUGUGCUCCGAGUUCUGUAACGUUUCUAUUACAAAAGGAAAUCAUAAGUAUCGUUUAUUGUUCUGAAGCAAAUCGUAUUAACUAUGUAUAAAUUGUAUAUUAUGUAAAACAUUCGGUUUAUGGUUUUUGUUGAACGGCGACUGAUGGCGAAAUAUACGUAUAAUAAUCGUAAAUCGUAAUCAUAAUAAUAAUAAUAAUAAUAAUAAUAUUAAUAAUAUUAAUAAUAAUAAUAAUAUUAAUAAUAUUAAUAAUAAUAAUAAUAAAUAAUAUAUACAGUAUAACAUCGUAAUAAUAUUAAUACUAAUGUUAAUUGCAGUCAGUCGUUAUUGGCUACAAAAUGUGUAUAAUAUUAUACAAUCAUAAAUUACAUAAAUAUAAUAAUAUAAUACAUAAUACAGAUACAUGAUAAUAAUUAUAAUAUUAUGUAAAAUCGGGGGAUAGGUCAAAAAAUAAAAAAUAUCGUAUAGGAGUGUUGUUAGGGUGUAUAGGAAACGCGGGUCGUUUACAAAUCGCUGGUCAACGGUAGCUGUUCGGUAUGUCUCUGCUGGCGGUAAUUAGUCGUCGACCUGUACGAUUGGUGAUUGCAGUCCGCGUUACCCGUGCGCUCCACGAUCACGUGCAACUCGGUCUCUCUGUAAGUCUUUCCCUCGGGCAUGACCAUCUGUCUGUGCUUAUUGUCGCCGCCAUCCUCGUCGCCGUCGUCCCUGCCGCCCCUGAGUAUCGAACGGGUUUUCUGUAGCGGCGACGAGGCCGGCACGUUGGUCCACUGGAUCCGUUUGCGCUUUCUGUACCACACCCAGUAAACGAGCGCGGCCGUCAGGGCGAUUACGGCGAUCACGGCCACGCCGCCGGUAAAGUGGAAACGGCCCAGUCCGGUGGCGUUCGCACCGCCGCCGCAGUGCUCCUCGUCGUACUGUUGUGCCUUGAUCAACCGCCCGGUGCCGUCGUCCGGCACCGCGCACCACGUGGCCUGUUGGACAAUCCACGCGGGCCGCUGAACGUUUUUCGGGUAAUUCGUGGCUAAAACUACUAGAUCGGUGAGCCACCUUGCCGGACAGCCGCAUUCCUUGCCCACGAUCAGCCAUUCCACGCGCGGCCGGAACCCAUUAGUAUUGAACACGAGGGCGUCGUUUUCGAACUCGGUUACCGUGUUGUUCUCGAACACAAACUCUUGAUAGUCGGACUCAGCCACUUUGUGCGCGUCCAAGGUAAUGGCCGCGAACGCUCCUCGCUCUAGCCGGCCGAACGCGUUGUCCUCGACGAACGCGGGCCCGCGGCACCGGAUCUCGAACGCGUCCGAUUGCACGCAGUCCGCCUUGCUGUUUUGUAACCGGAACACCUUAGGCCCGUGCACGCGGAACGCUAAGCCCCGGAUCGUGGAGAACACCACGUCCUCCAGCCGGAGCUCAUCGUGCACGGUGAGCUCGGUGAGUGUGCGACUGGGCACCGGAUGCUCGAAACGGCACCGCUUCAGUACGAACUCGUUGACGGUGAAUUUUUUGAACGCCUGCUGUUCGACUUGCCCGAACACCGUGUCCCGGAACUCGAUUCGGCUCACGGUUCCCGUCAGGCUGCCGAACGCGAACGGCCGGAUCGCGUCGAUUCGGACCCGGUCGAACGUUAUCGAAUGGAGCCGGCCGCGGAACGUCCAGCUGGGCACCUCCGGUACGGUCGUAACGUUGGUUAUGGUGAUGGUCAGUCCCCGGUGCUGGUGGUGCUGUUGACCCGGACCGCCGCCGCCGUUUUCCGACCACCCGAACGCCUCGUCCGCCAUUUCCAGUCGGCCCACCGAAUCUAUGGCCACCGUAAACAGCGUCUCUGCUCCGUCAAACGCCAUAUUGGACACGCGGACCUGGUCGCAAUGCGCCACGUCCACGUUGUUGGCCACCCGAGGCACGUGGCCCGGUCCUUGAGCUUUCAGCACGAGUUUCUGCGAAAAAAAAAAAAUAAAAAAAAACAAAACGGAUUCGUUAGUACGUGUAACCGGUACAGCGCGCGCGCGACGGAAUUCAUAUUUCGACGACACGUGUUUUAGGGCCCGCGAUCAGGUGCCGCGGUCGCGUGUACACGUCGGUAUAAUAAAUUAUCGUUUAUGCUCGUGUGCCGGUCGUCACGGUGUAUACAAUUACGGUCGCGGUCGCCGUACUAUAAUGUAUACAUAUAUAUAUAUGUGUGUGUGCGUACCGUCUACACGCAGCUAUACCGCGACUACGGUCAAGAAAAACAACAAUGGACCGCGUGGAUACCGCGAAAGGAUUAAAUCCGGUGCUCCCCCCUCUCCCGUCCACCGCCCCCUCCCCUCCGAUCCCUUUUGUCGACUCCGGGGGUUCUCUGUACCCGGCGCACGGUACCGUACACAAUGCGAGUGUGCCGUACGCGGAGUUCUCGAUGUUUUGGAUUAGAGGCGUAGGCGCGCGCGGCGCAAAAGUUUCGCACAACAAAAACACGCCGCGGCUAAGUGCCGCUGUUUCGGCGCGGGAGCCCCGACGGCCGAUCGGCCGACCGACGGGUACGCGGCGCAGCGCAGCGGGGCGACGGUCACCGCGCGGAUAAUUCCCAGAGUUUCGGGUCCGGCAUACACACACACAGACACACACGGAGGGGGGGAGUUUGUCGCGAAACACGAUCGUGUCGCCGGUUCCCUUUUGAAACCUUUGGCGGUCUCUGCCGGUAUCACCCCGUAUUUAUCCGAUUUUCUUUGCGGCCGUUGCAAACGCCGCCGUCGCCGCAAAACGCGCGCGCGAAUAUCAUUACCUGUGCACACGGGUGUGUACGGACGUUACCGGCUCGCCCCGCGUAUACGCGUGACUCGUGACUGCAAUACGCGAUCCCUCCCGCGGACCGUCUGCACGUUCCGGGUAAUGUCGCAUAGUGUCCGGGUGUCUGCGGUUUUAACGGCGCGCGUUUUAACGUUUCUAUUUUUUACGGGGGGGGGGGGGUGUUCUCUCUCUUCGCAAUACUUCGACAGCGACGCUCGCUAACAAUGACAUAUGCGUGUUGCAGUUGUGUACACCGAAAAUACGCGUCGGGCUCUACAUCAUUGAGGAUUUUUAAAAGUGACCCGAGCGCGCUCCUCUUAUUUUGUUCGCGUCCCGGGCUUUUGUCCCGAUCGAUCUUCACCCACCUCCCCCCACCUCCCAUCGCGGCCCGCGUUACAUCCACCUUCCCCCCCAAUAUUUAUUAUACUCUUUGUGCACGAUUUUUUCACUCUCUUCGACGCGCCCAUUUCUCUUCUCGUUAAUUAAUCGCCAUCGGAUAAUCAUCGUGUCGCCGCCGCGUCUCCGCUCUCGACUCGUUUCUUUAGGCGAAAAUAAAAGUAAAAAAAUACGUGUUAUAUAAUAUAUAAAUUUGUUGAACCGAAAAACCUGUCAUUAAAAUAAGCACCGAGAGAGCGGCAGUGCUUUUUUUUUUUUAAAAAAAAAAAAAAUAUUACUACGUAUAAAUAACCGCUUCCCCCUCUCAUUUGUAUUAUUAUUAUUAUUAAUGUAACGAAAUCUAGGCGAAUCUUAAAUAAAAAAACCAGCUUGGUGGAGGGUGAAAAAAAAUAUAAUAAAAAUAAAUAAUAAUAAUAAAAAAAAAAAAACCGAGGCGACACUUUUUUUUUUUUCUCUGUUUAUACGGAUACGUAUACAUUAUUUUUUCUCUUUUCGGAAAAGGUUACCGGCGCGCGGCGCUUAUACGCGAAACACGCGAAAAAGUAAUUUGUGUAGCGUUACGUUGAAAUUAUCGUCAACUGUGCGUUACGACACGCCCGAUUCCGAAAAAAGACCGGCGGCGGAGGGACCGAACGCAUUUAAAUGGCAAUUUCGAAAAUAUUAUUAUAAUAAUAAUAAUAAGAAGCGACCGGGUGGGGGGGGGGGGGGGUUGAGGGAGAACGCGCCUUCGUCGCCGUCGACGAAAAAAAAAAAAAAAAACCCGAGCACCUGUUCCCCGUCGGGGAAAAGCGCCCGGGAAAAGUUUUUUCCCGCCGCGGUACAACGACAAUAAUUACAAUAUUAUCGUUUAUUCGCUCGCGUCACGCGUGAUUUACGGGAGCCGGGGGCGGACGUCUCUCUCUCGACGGGCCUUGUUCGCGCGUUCGCCGGCAUUCUCCCCCCUCCCCUCCCCCCCUCACGCACGGCGGUCGACGCUGUUCGGUACACCGUCGUAUGAUUCGUACCUGCGAUUCCUGCGGCACUCUCCGGCAAUCGCACCGGACCCGCGUCUGCGCCUCAUCGCACUCGCAUUGCGGCGUGUCGCACAGGGACUGUGCGCUGGCCCCGCGGCCGCCGCCGAGCGCCGCGUGCGCCAGCACCGCGGCCGCGGCCAUCAGCGUCCACAGCGGGAACGGCGUCAUGGUGCGCCGUAGUCCGGGUUCGGCUCCGGCCGCCGGUCAUCUCGGCCACCGGCCCAUUUCCGGAGGACCGCCGCCGUCUCAGCGACAACGACGCUGCUCCCGUCGGCUGUUCGACCGCCGGCCGUUUCGGACACGCUGCAAACAAACAAACAAACAAACGCCGCGAUUAUUAACGGUCGCGAAUGGCGAAACGCAAUAUGUUUUUCGACGGCGCCGAGGAGACGGCCGGUACCGAAAUCGGAGCGCCGCCGGUUCGUUUGCGCCCGCGCUAAUCUGUAUUGCGUUAAUAUUAUUAUCGCGGCGGGACCGUAUUUUCGCGUACGCGGUCGAGAGGGGCUUACCGGCGCCGAACGAACUGAACGAACAUCGUAAUAACCGCAGUAUAACAAUAUAACAGUACUAACAACAGAUAAGAUAAAAGUCGUAAAAAAAAAAAAAAAAAAUCAAAAAAAAAAAAAAAAAAAUACCAAACAAAAUAAUAUUGGUAUUGCGGCAAUAACCGUGUCAAUCGCGUCCCGGCGUAUUAUUAUUACGAGUGUGACGUUAUUAUUAUCUUUAUAACCCGGCCGUCGUUCGCACAGGUGCGGUUUCGUGUCGUUUUCGCUCACGUCCCGCGCGCGGGCAAAUGAUAUAUACGAUAACAAUUAAAACGGUUUAUUUACGUACGCUCGUUUCCCGGCGAAGGAAACGGUGCCGCCCGCGUCCUAAUUGCACUUAACGGGCCGGGCGGGGCGCGCCACCGAGACCCGUCAGGAGGCUGCCGGUGCGCCGGGAGAACUGAUAUCGUAUAGACGAAUUGUACGGAUAGAGAACAAAAAAAAAAAAAAAUACCAAACAAAAUAAUAUUGCAAACGAAGGUUUCGAACGUAUCUCCGUUCGCUCCAUUCCUUCCCUCCCGGGGCGAAGAGCGUAGGUUAUGCGGUUCGAGGGCGACGGGCAUUCGAGCGUAAUCAUAAGAAUUAAACAACAGUACGAGUAGGUGGGGGGGGGGCCGUCGUGACGAGUAAUAACUUCCGAUUGUAUGCACUUCUCGCGACACGACGGCCCCGGAGUGGAUAAUAUCCGAACAACGAGUUCCGUUGUGCAAUAUCUCGCGGACUCUGGAAAAAUACCUAUAACUGUUUAUUUUUUAACAUCGUAUGCGGCGUCAGUUUUAACGCAGUGCCGUGUAGCGUGUGUACAAACACUUUCCCCUCCCGAUUUUCCGCCGUCGAUUGUUCCAAACGAUAUGGCCAGGCGUCUCCACCUCUCUCUCCGUCGUUAGCGGACAUUUCGGUUCGCGUCGGCCGGCCGAGAGUCGAGAGAUUUCCGGGCGCUCGGUACAGAAAGUAAUAAUAAUAAUAAAAAAAAAAACGGUAUGCGAUACACGCACGCGGAGAGUAAAAAAAAUGAAACGGGGAAAAAUAAAAAAAGGUUUCUCUAAUUAACAAUUCUCUUUGCUUCCGCGCGUCGCGCAAUCAUCGUCGUCGUGCGUUCCCGCGAGCGCGUUAUCCUUCCGACCCGAACAAACCUCAUGCACUUGAACGUUUUUCUUUCUGUUAUUUUUCUCUCCGCGUCCUUUGACGACGACAAAGCCUCCAUCCCCCAUCCCCCAUCCCCCACCCAUACCUCUUGACCCGAAUGCAUACGCGUUACUAGCCCACGCGCGUAAAAAACAAAAACCGAAAAAAAUCCGCGCAAUAUCGCGUCACGACGAACGACAGAGAACAAUACGCGGCGAUCGUGUAUAUUAUUAUUGUGAUUCCGCGCGCGGCCUUUUCAUUUUUAACGGUUUAUCGGUACGCGCCCGUGCCGACAAAUGCCCGUACCGAAGUAUCACGUAUUGUUUAUGCGUAUAACAAAAAAAAAAAAAAAAAAAUAGGACGUGCCGAUUUCUAGAAAUAUACGCAACGGCCGCGACGGUGAUAGGGGGGGGGGGUUAUUAUACGGCGCGGGAAACGGCUGAUCGUUAAAACGCAUUCUUUGACAUUUUUUUUUUUUUGUUUUUUUUUUUUUAUGGGCCGCGGGAGGCGCUUAUUGCUGUCGCGCGCGCGCUAUUAAACCCCCUAUAUACAGGAGCGGGGGGGGGGGGGCUUAAGUCGUAAAAAAAAAAAAAAAAUAAUAGUAAUAAUAAUAAAAAAAAUACCGGAUUAAGUCACGUUUUCCGCCUAUAAUACCCGUAAAAAUAAAAACCCCUUUGAAUAAUUGCGGUAUUAACCGUAUCAAAUAAAACAUUCGUACCUAUAUUAUUUAACGCGUAUGUACGCCCGAGCCGAGAUUUAUUUACCCGAGAAAUUUUCGUCCGGUUCUCUCGCCGGGCCGCGUGUAUUAUUAUCAACCGCGCGCGCUCUUUGAUCCACGUUUUCUCGGCCCGGGAUCCGUCGAGAGAGUUCACUCUUCUCUGCGACUGUUCGCCGACCGCAACGGCGGCGGGGCGGGCUUGCUCGGAUUUUUAUUUUUUUUUUCUCCCCGGGAUUUACAGUCCGAAAACCGCCAGUAUAUUUUCGGAAAAUCUUUUUUUUUUUUUUUUUGUCGUCCGCCUCGACGUCGGGCGUCGUCGCAAUAACGCAAGAACGAGAGGCCGUACGCGUAUACGUAAUAACAACGGUAAUAGUAAUUGUUCCCGUCCGCAGCAGUAUUAUAAUAAUAUCGACGGAAACCGGGGGGUGGGGAAAACUCGCGGCGACAAAAGCGAGAAACGCGGCGACGCGCGAAAACGCGCAAUUUAACGAUGCGUUAUGCGACGCGUGGGCCCGUGAAAUCCGCGCCGUUUAGUGUCCACUCGGCGGCGGCGUAAAGUGCCGGCCGCGACACGAACAAGACGCCCCCCGAGGGUUUUGACGGUAAUCGAGUGGCAGUGUAGUGCGCGGGUGUAUAAAUACGGGAGAACGGGGGCGUCGGCGUUUGUUUGGAACGUUUCGGCGGGCGGGGAAAAAACCAAAGAAAACGGCGAUUUUUCUCGUUUACUUGCUUAAUAUCACAUAAUUGCGUGUCGUUGUUGUCUGUCGGAGCGUGUGUCAUGCGCGCGCGCGCGCGAUAGUGAAAGAGCGGGCGAGCGUCGUUUGUUUCUCCGUACGUUAAGGAUUUCCGUAUACCGUACUAUUCUUUUUUUUUUUUUCUGUUAUCUUUAAUUUUUUUUUCCGUGUCUUAUGAAAACACUAAAAAACCCGAAUGAAAAAAAAAAAAAAAAUAAAAAAAACCACGACCGGGGUGUUUGUACCCGUAGGAGCGUAAUCCUACACGCGCGUAUACACCGUAAUCUAUGCCGACGACGAGUCCCGAAAGUACACUCGAAAACUAUAUGUCGAAAAACAAACGAUUUAUACGCUGCGGGACGGCACUCGUAUAUUAUUAUCCCACCUGCAUUGUCGGGAACGCGCACUUUACGGUUUUUUACCGCCACAAACACGUGUUUUGUCCGCCGUAUUUUUCAUUCGAGUAGAGUAUUUUUUUUUCUCGUGUUUUAGACUCACGAAUGUCGCAGAAGUCGCGUAUAACGUAUACAGGAAGCGAGCGGCCGGAAAAUCUCGCGAAAGCGUCCGGGGGUUAGGGGGUUUUGCACGGGGUACGACGCAGUUUUACGCCUAUUAAAACGUCUUUAAUGGAUUAUGAUAUAUAUUUUUUUUUUAACGCGCGGUUUUCAACGCUACUGCGCGGCGUAAGAGAAAAUAUUCUGUGGUAAAAACAACCCCACCCUCCCUCGUCCUCUUCCCGUUCGUCUAGGCCGCGUAUAAUUUCGCGUUUAAAGCUCGCACGGUACACAUCGGUAUAAUAAUAAUAAUACGUACAAAAGACCGAAACGUUAUUAUGGAGUGUUUCUUUUUUCCCCUCCGUUAUUUUUUACUGUACACACGGUGGCGGCGGCGGUGUAGACACGGUGUAACUUUCUUGUAACAAUAUACACAGACGCCCCCUCUCUCCCGCUUUCCCCUCUUUCCGCCCGCGAGUUUAAACCGAAAUUAUUAACUUAUUACGUCUCCCGCGUCUCCCCCGUCCUCUUUGUCGGCUCAAUGUUUUACGCCCAAACCCCCGGCCUCCUAUAUAACCCCGUGUAUAUAGUAGUAUACGGGAUAAUUAAUCGCCUUGUCGUCUGCAUCUUUCCGAGUUCUCGAAACCGUCUACGAAAUAACGUGUGUGCGUGCAAUUAUGUAUAACUCUUACGGCGGUUUUUUUUUCCACCUUUGUACUCGUUUAUACCUCGAAAGUACGCGUCUUAUAAUAAUUUACGGUAAAAAAACAAAAAAAAAAAAACUGCGGUUUUGGAGAGGGAAACCGAAUCGAAAACGACCGGAAAAUCGGGGACGUGUCGGCCGGAGAAAUAACAGAAAAAAAAAACCGAGAACCGUAUCAUCAAUGAUCGAUUAAUCGAUACAAAAACGUGAUUCGGAAACCGCGGGACACACGUGUAACCGGAUGCCCGUUAUAGUGUGCGCGUAUGUAUUGUGUGGGCACAGUCUCGCGCUUACGAUAUGCAAUGACGUGUUGCAAAACGCUGUAGACACGUUUAUUUUGUUUGUGCGAUGUUUCGAAUUCAUUUGUAUAACAGCCGCGUGCGUGGUACGGGUCUUCGCGCGAACCCCCGAGUAUAAAAUAUUUUGCGAACGGGGUUCGACAGCACUCCUCGUCGCUCCGGGCGAACGGUGACGAUUGUAAUGUUCAAUUCGAAACGUUUCCAAUUUUCCACCUUUCUAGCCGAGCCUUCCCCCUCUCCCCUCCCCCGCCGCCGUCGAUCCGCGUGUAAAGUAUUCAGAACAAUCCGAGCGGAAGAGACUUUUUACGGGCCCGCGUUCAUGUCCACCCACCACCGACCGUCCGGCGAAACGCUAAUUCGGUGAAAAAUUCGCGGUCCCGACGCCCGUUCACCGUGUUGUAUAGCGCACAAUGCGAAAUCGAAUCGUGAAAAACGAUCGCAGUACUCUACGCGCGCGUUCCGAUCCGCGAUCGGAUUGUCCGUUUCAAUUCCGGGCUCGAGGGGGGGGGGCUGUUUUUUUAUUAUUAUUAUUAUUAUUUUUUUUAUCAUUGUUUGCGUAUACGUAUAUAUAUAUAUAUAUAUACGGAAACGGACGGACGGGAAAGAAGAAAAAUUACUAUAACGAAUUAAUUUCGGGGAAAUUGCAUAAAAGCUCGGCCGCGCGCCGCGUCGACUUUUGCCGGGAAAAGUUUUUUUAUUUAUUUAUUUUUUUUUUUUUGAUUAAUCACUUUUAAUUCGCUCCGCGAUAUACGUAUACAGCGUAGCCUUACGCAGCCGUGUUUCGGUUCUUUUUUAUUUAUUUAUUUUCCGUGUUUUUUUUUUUUAUUUUCAAUAUAUAACAAUAACAGUAACGACACCAAAAAAAAUAAAACAAUUCCCUGCUUAUAUAUUAUUGUAUAAUACAUUAACCGGCCGGGGCGGGGGACGAAUCUUAGGAAUUAUUAUUAUUAUUAUUGUUAUUAUUAUUAUUAUUAUUAUUAUUGUAAUUAGCGCGGCGGGAUGAUCGGCAAUAUUGUUGUCGCGGUUGUUAUCAGAUUUCGCCGUUCCGGCGACGGUGGACCCCCCGGAGGCUGACAGAGUUUAUACGUUUGAACGGCGAUCUGUCGAUAUUUAUCACGCGGAAACGAUUCGUCGGGGGUUUUCGUUUCUGGUUUUUUGUUUUUGAAAUCCCGUUCGUCUCGCGGCGUACGUCCGAACCUUUUACUUUUACAAGGAGGCUGCAGGUGCCCGCGCCCGUCGCGCAAUAAAACUUUUAAUUACGUAUUAUUAUUAUACAGCGGCCGCCGACGUAAAAAUCGAGAAAAGUUUGUCGGUGCGUUUUUUUUUUGUUUUUUUUUUUUUACGCGACGUUGUGAAUUUUACCCGUUCCCGCGUAUAAAGAGUUUGUAAAAAUCGAAAAAAAAAAAAAACAAAAAAAUUCCCGACGAAAAUGUACCGUGUACGCGAAUCGGCCGAUACCGCCGUGUAUUAUUAUGUUUAGGUACUCUUGACGAGUUUUCCUUCGCCCGUUUUCGUACCCGCACACUUUUUCAAUAAUAUACCGUAUCGUUAUAUUUAUGUUCGUUUUUCUAUACCUUUCACCGCCGACGUACAACGCGUCUACAAAUAUUAUCAACUAUACGAUCGAUUUACCGGUUUAUCGCGUUCACGGAGGAAAACCGACCGCGGAAAUUUAUUAUUUCCCGACGCGUAAUAGUUAUACCGCGUUCGAAUCAACCGUCGCGACACUCUGGAGACACACUGCGAAAAAAAUCUGACGGGCGUUACGCGAGCCAGACGGAUCGGAAAACACGCGGAAAUUAAAAAAAAAAAAAUCACGUUAAUCACCGCGCCGGGGAACUCGCGCGUAAAAAAAACGUCUCACUACCGUACGGUUGGCGACGGACUACCGUACCGGCGAAGCGCGUUCGUGGACACUGAUACGACGGCGUAGCGGAACGCGGCGGCGGCAGUGGUUACCGCGACGGCGGCGGCAGCGUUAGUGGCGACCGGCCGACCGACAGCGCCGCCACCGCCGCCGCUGCCGCCGCCGAGUUUCGGUCCCCCUGCCCCGGAGUUACCGCGGCCGCCGACGUCGGAUCUCUUCUCUGGUAUUGCGCGCCCGCCGUUUGCGUCCCGCGGACGCGGGGGCGCGGCGAUUUUUUAUUUUUUUAACGAAUUUUCGUUUUAUUUGUUUUUGUUUUUUGUUUUUUUUUUCAUCAAUUUUUCUUCGGCCGCCGCCGCGGCGGCUAUAAUGACAAUUAAUUUCCCUACCCGAAGUUUUUUAAUAAUCGAGCGGGCGGUUUUUUUUUCUCCAUUUUUUCCAUAGGCGUAUGGUGUACAUACCGGCUAGUAAGGUGAAAAUGUUUCCACCCCUACUCCCCCCGAGUCGCGUAUCUACGUUUUUAUUUGUACGGGUGUAUAACGUUAAUACCUCCGAAUCCAAAAAAAAAAAAAAAACCGAAGAAUUUUCCAGUUUUUGAGCUGCGAUUUUGUGUGUGAACAACGCGAUUAUCGUACGUAUUCUAUUUGUCGUCGCGGUUUUCGAAUUAUUGCCGAAUAAAAAGCGACUGCGCGGAAAUAAAUCGUCAGCGUAUCCGCGUGUUAAACAAUAUUUAAACAAUUUUGCCCGUCUGCAGAUUUAUAACAGGAACACGGCUUUUAGUGGUUUUUUUUUUUUAAAUGUUAUGUCCAUCGGCUUGCAUUAUUAGACGGCCGUUAUCGCCCCGAACGUAAUUUGAAUCUCCAAUACCUUGACGAUUUCAUAUGGUUUUCAAGCUAAAGAAAAUAUCGUGAAAAUCGUAUUUUUCGACUUUUUCGAUUUUUCCCGGUUAUUAUGUAAACUAAUUUAGAUAUCAAAAAAUGUACCUGUUCUAAUGCCCCAAAAAUUUUUCUUUCAGAAAAGGUUAUACAUAUAUACUCUAUGGCCUGGGGGUAAAAUACUUUUUUUUUUUGAGGGGUAAACACUAUACUAGACCUACCUAAUUUUGUUUUAUAUUAUGUACUUUACAUCUAUUGUUAUUAACUCUGCAUUAGUCGUGUGUACUACGAUCGAUUGUAAUAGUUUUUUUUUUUUAACUUUUUUUUUUUGCGUGGGGAGGGGCGUUUGUUAAUAUCUAACCCGAUUUAUGGGUAAUAGCCACAAAAAGGUCGGGGACCUCUGCUCCGUUCGACAGAGCAAAUUUUCUGGUAGAAAAGUUAUUUUCAGACACAGCAAAAAAAAAGAAAAAAUGAAAAAACACAUCAUAGUAAAAUCAAUAGAUCCCCUGUACGCUACGCUCCGAAUCUGAAAUAUGUGUACGUAUUAUGUCUCGUAAACAUUCGUGUUUACAGUUUUUCGUUUCCGGCUAUACGAACUUUUUUUUUUCUUUUUUUUUUCUCUUCGGAACGCGACAUAAAGCGGCGCGAGCCGGACGAUACGGAUUUCCGGUGUAUAUAUAUAAAAAAAAAAAAAAAAUAUAAAAAUAAUACGGAAUCAUUAUUUUAUCAUGUCCGCCGCCGCGUGGUCUAUAAUGUAUACGCGAAAUAUUAUUGUUAUUUUCCGACAUGUCUAAUAUUUACGUUUACGCGCAUAACGCCGAGACGCGCGUAACAUCGUCGGCGUUACUAUUAUCACCGUGCGCAUUAUUUUUUCUCCACCCGUAUGUUAUUAUUGCCGUGGUCAUUGUGUCUCUCCGGUUCGCGCGCGAGAGACGCGUGCCGCGCGGCGCCACGACAAUCGUUACAAUAUUGUAACGAUAUAUUAAAAUAUAGUAUUUAUUUUCCCACAUCCCGUUUUUUUCGUCAAAUAUUCCUCGUGUCUCUCGAAUGCGCUUUGUGCGUACGCGCGCUUUGUGCGUGCGUAUUACGAGGUGUAAUGCGUUUCGCCGGUUUCUGUGCGGCGGGGACCGCGUCGCCCGGGCGAUCAGUUGCGCCGGAAAUCGCGGGCAAAAGAACGGGGGGGGGGCGGGGGGGUGUGAAAAAAUCGCAGCGCGGAAAACAGGAGGUACGCGAACCGCGCGGCGAUCGGUCGCGAAAAACGCCGUGGUAAAUGCCGUGUCGGUCGCGCCGAUCGUUAACAGUCAUUGCGCAUUGUAAUCCGUAACGUUCCCGAGAACAAUUUCACGUGCGGUCUUAUCGUGCGCGACCGUCGCGGUUCGGGAUGCGUUCACGCGCCGCUGUGCCGCGGGAAAACUGCGCCGUGUACGUUUUUAAACGGUACCCGUCGGAAUUCUCGGACAAAUACUACCCGUCCGUACGGUGAAAUAUGAAUCCGUAGCGUUAUCGUAUUACUGUUAUAAUCGCCGCGAGAUUUGUGUUUUCGGAAGUAAUCUCGACGACGGUCCGUUCUACGCGCGAUAGUCGCACUACCGACGACUAGGUUUGGCGGAUUUCGUUGCGCGUUAACGAAUUAUAAAUUACACCUGAAAAUUAACCGAGGAAUACCAUAUGUACACACGUUUUCGCGCGUCUAUAUCAUUUCGAUUGUUAUCGAUGUUCCGGCGCGACUGAUCCACGCGUUUUUACCGUGUCUGUGCUUGUACCGGCGCGAUUGACGAUCAACCGGCCCGGGAAUGCCCUCGGCGGGUGGCGAUGUAUACGGCAAUGUAGUAAUAUAACAAUAAUCGCGAUUCGCAAACGAACCCUACGGUCUUCACAUGUCGUGCACAUCCGACUCGGCAACGAGAAUCCGUUAAUCCGGAUCCGGAAAAGUCGAUUUUCAUUUCAUAAAUCUGGUUGUUUUUCUUUUCUCUCGGUCCUGUAUUAAUUAUAUAACAUGUAUUGGUUGGAAUUUAUUUCACUUACUGGCCAGAUCGGGUCGUUACUAAAUAAUUACCCAUAGAUGUUGUAUUUUCAAAUGAGUAUAACAACUCCCCCCCCCCUCCCCUGCACACGUUACCGCGAUUCGACGCUCUUACCGUGCGAACCGAAAAACCAAAAUCGUAUUUCUGUUUACGCGGAUAACCGCCGCACGGGUUCGUGAUAAAUUACUUAUGUACGUUGACUUCCGAAAUCGACACAUAUGUUGGAAGUUAGUUGAUUUAGAUUGAGUCGUCCGUACGUGAACGUGAUCGUAUUACGGUUGUAACGUUUUCCUAACACUUUAUCGACUGUAAUAAGCACACCUUAUCCCCGGCAUAAAUUUAAAUCGCGGAAAAUAAGGACCGAUUGGAAAUAUUGAUCAGAAAAAUCGUUAUACUCGAACGUUGGAUCCGGUGGAAAUUCAAAUAAAUUUCGGAACAAUAGAUAGUGAAAUAUCAUCAAACUGUUGGAUUUUCGGUGACAAUGUCGGAAAUUUAGGCGAUGUCGGUAACACGGGCAACCGGAGUACAUUUCCUUAAAAUUGCCUCGUCUAUAGCUAAAGGGAACUGUCGGUUAUCUCCGUUCUGUUCGCUCUUGUCGGACUUUUAAUCGGGCAUCACAAACACCAUCCCGAUUUGUUAUGCAAAACCGCACGUCGGGUAGGCUUUUAUUUCGUGCUCAAUUAUGUUAAUCGCCGGCAUUGCCUGACUUGUCGACAUUGAGGCAAACACUCGUACUCGUAAUAUGUUACGGGUAAUAUCGGGCGUACCUCAGAAAUACCCUGGCAAAACGCGAGGUGCCAACGGUACUCGGGAAGAAUGCCAGGCGAACCCCUAGCAGUGACCAAAAACCUCUGCUUUCGGGCGAAACCGUGGCGUCUAAAAAUUAAAAUUGUACACAGUAGAUAAGUAAGUAUACCGUGUUUUUUUUUUACAUCGUGUAUACAUAACAAUUGAACAGGUAUUGUGGUUCCAAUAUAAUUAAAUACGAUUAAAUUAAAAAAGUUCGGUAAUAAAAAUAUAUUUGUUUAUUUGUCGUUAAAAAACUCCCACGCGAAACCUAAAUGCUAAGCUAAAUGAACUCCAAUGUGUGUAGCGACAAAUAAUCAUAUUUAACUAUGUGGUAUAAUACGCUCUUUUAAUAAAUCGGUGUUGAUUUAAUUAUAUUUUAAAAGGGCUUUUGGAUAUCUUUUAGUUGACAUUACCAACUUAAUUGUCUGUAUUUAAAUACGCCCUAAUGCUCCUAAUAUGCUCAUAAUUUUUCUGAUAUUUUUUUCAUUGCCAAAAAUGUAAUUUUCGAUUUUUAGUAUAGCGCGUACGCCAUUUUAACAAAACACCAUCGACAUGCAAUAUUAGGAAAGGCGACUGCGGUUUUGCCCGAAUGAGGUUUGCCCGGGCGGAAACCGAAAUUUGACGUUUUGCAUCCCGCGUAUCGCGGGCACAUUGCGUUUCACCCGGGCAUUUCCGAGGUUUGCCCGAUUUCGACUUUUGCCCGUAACAUAUUAAACAACGCGUCGUUAUCCAUUUUGAUUGAACGUCGCUGAAUCUCGGAAGGCGCACCCUUUUCAAGCGAAUCGUCCCGUCGUUUACGCGCCCCGUUUUACACACAAUACGCCGCGGAAUACGCGGCAGCAGAUUCGAAUAUAUUACAACGCGCUGCCAGUGUGCGCGCGUAUAUGUUGCCCUCCCCUCGACCGCGCACGUUGUUAUAUAGUGUAUGUACGCGAGGGGUAGGGUCGGAGGGAUUUUAUUUUGUUUUAUGGUUCGGCGGUCAAUUGGCGGAUUUCGCCCGAAAAUCCCGCGCGCUCGCACGACGUGUGUCGGGUGGCGGCCGCACGCAGCAGUCGCGUGCGAGGCGACGACGAUGGUGCGGCGCGGCCGGCGGCCGGGGCGUUCACGCCGGAGAGCGCUCGUAAAAUCCGGCGAUGUCGUUUUAUCGCGCGUCGCGAACAGAAUGAAACGUGAUAAAUAAAAGGUUAUCACGGCCCGCGCAGGAAUAUAAAUACCGCCACACGUGUAUAUAUAUUAUUAUUAUUAUUAUUAUUAGCCCGGUACACCCUAUAUGUUAUAUUGUGUGUAUACGUGUAUGUGCGUACAUAUUAUUAUUGCGCGGGACGAGCGAGACGAGCUUAUACACGGUGCCGCGAACACGACGAUGAGGGGGGGGGGGGGGGUUGUCCGGUUUCUGCGGGUCCGUUAUUAUUGUCGUUGUACCGCGCGCGUGACGUUGUACCCGCUGUUACGGUAUCAAAAAUCCCCGCUGAUAACGCGUUAUAGUAAUGUAGUAGUGCGAAAACGUCUGCCGUCACUCUGCCCCGCAAAAGGCCGAGCUCUGCAGUUAUAUGCUUCGGGGUCCCGGAAUAUGACGCGCAUAAUAUACGUAACACAGGGUACGUAUUUUCAUCUCGGACAAAUUUACCGUAUGUGAUCAGUAGCACAAUCGGUCGUAACGAGCCCGGGUCAACGUCGUCUAAUACAGCUACGCCACGUGAUUGUUAGGUCUGAUCCGUGUGACGUUUGAAUGAGAAUAAGAAAGUUUAUUUAGCGUUUUUUGGCAGUUUUCGACAAUUUUUAGUUUUCAAAUUAUUUUUCUUAAAUUUUUAGAGUUUUUGGAUACAAAAUAUGAAUUUGAAAUUUUAUUUUAAGAUUUUUACACACAGACAGGAUUUACAUAUAAAUGUAUCAAAUUAUAAUGUAGGUACUCGUAAUUCCUGUUAUAUUAUAACAAUCGUUGGAAUGUCAAAACAUAGAUAACGAGUGGCAGCGUCUACGAUAAAACUAACGUGGUAUAUUUAGAAUCACCAAAUCUUAAAUCGGUAGAAUCGACGUCCGAUGAUAUCGUUUAGUAAAAGUUUUGUUGCCGUAACCGCCGCGUGUAUUUAUUUUAUUUAAACAACGUCGAAGUCAUUUUUACAAUGCAUUUUUUGAGGUUUUUUAAGACAUUAAAGCCCUAAUAAUCAUAUUCGAGGGGAGGGGUUUACUCUUCCAAAAUCAAAAAGUAUAUUAAAUAACUAAUAAUAAUAAUCCGCAGUGUAGAAGAUUAAAGUGGGUGGGUCAGUUCGCUCGGCGAAGUGAGAAUUCAUUAUUUUUCUAUUUAUGGACAAGAACCGACCGGAAGGAAAGAUACCUCUUGGAGACCUUCCUCUGUUUAAGAUGGAAAAAUGUGGUGAGGAGAGACGUGAAAUCGCGAAAUGGAGGGGCAGACUGAAUGGUAUAACAGCAGUUUAUAGUGACACUUGGAAAAUAGGUGACGGGAUGGUCGUGAUCAUUGAAGACUAUAUGUAGAUGGUAUAACUGGAAAAGGAAGACUAAGAAUCGAAUAUAUACCACAAAUUAUGAAGAACAUAGAAAUAUAAAGUUAUCGUGAGGUGAAGGAGCUGAGUUAUGACAGUCAAGCAUGGAAUGGUGCGGCUAACCAAUCGAAAGAUUGAAGACUAAACAAGGUGACAAUUUAGACCAGAGGUUUCCAACCUUAUUUGACUCACGGCACCCUUAAUUAUUUUCUAAAAAUCCGGAGGCACCUUUGGCCUAUACUCUAUACUGAAUACGAAAUAGUAAUAUGGUACAUCAUGUAUUUAAAUUUAUAUUUUGUAACUUCGGUUUUAUUUAGCUAAGUGCCUUAGUAUAAACAGAAGUAGUAAGUGUGUACACAUAUUAUAUUUUAUAAAACAAAUUAUUACAUUGAAUAUUAGCUACACAUUUUAUAUUUAAUUAUUAGUAUGUAAUAUUAAUUGAUUAUCAAAAUUAAUUAAUAAUUAGGUAACUUAUGGAACUAAUUUUUUAAUUCUUUUAAUCUUGCCACGAUAUUAGGUAAUUAUGGUGAUGAACCACGGUCACAUCUCUUAGAAUCGUUUUUCAUUUGUAUCGUAGACCUUAGCUAUUAACUAUGAACUGCGCUUUUUACAUCCUUUGGUGUGUUGUUCGAAAAUCAAACAACGCUUGAUAUCAGCAAAAAUGGGUAUAUUUGAGAGGGAGUAGUGAAUAUAUAUAAAAUACCAUUUAUUUAUUGCCACGAAUUCGUGAUUAUCACACGUUCGUCGUGAUUAAUUAUACAUAAGUGAAUAACGUAUUAUAUACGAUAUAAUUGACAAUAAAUCAACGCUGUUCGUAGAAAAAAACAAAAAAGUCGUUUUCAUUAUCUUCCCAGGUAUCCCUUUGUGCAUAUCGAACGCCGUCUGUUUUUCGUUCAAGGCGCAGUCUACUAGAGCACGAUACACAUGCAUUUUUUGUCUAAAAAAUUUGAGUUCAACGGAUUCAAUUUAUGGGAUGGUUACAUCAUUAAACUCAUGGGGAAGAACAUUAUUAGUGUCUGCGUGCGUCGGUUUUUUCGUUAUUUAAAUGUUUAAGCGAGAAAUAAUGCAUAUAUUUCAUAAAUUAACGAACAAACCCAGAUAAUAUUGCCUUUAAAUUCGAUAACGGGUCGAUUCACUCAAAUAUCGAAACUAAAAGCACGCGAUUGGUCCUGUCGAAUAAAAAUAUUUGUACAUAUAGUCUAUAUAUAUAUAUAUAGUAUUUGAACUAUAACCGUAAUUUAUUUCACGAGUAUAUAAUAAUUGCCUUCUCUUUCUGCUCCCCUGCUGCACCUAACCUAACUUACAAUUAUAGCGGUCUACACACGUGAUGUUCAUUCCGUUCGGAUUUUUUCGUAAUUUAUUUUUGUUUGUUUUUGAUUUUUUUUUUUUACGCAGUUUCGGGGUCCAUUACGGAUAAUGUACCGCGGUAUAUAAAUAAUGGACGUAUCGUUAUUUGAAUUUAUAAUAUUAUGUAUACGGCUAUAUAAUAUAUACACGUUCGGAACACCACUGGAGUCGUGUGUUCAAUGUUAAAAUUCUGAGAAUCUUUAAAACCGAAUAACCGUAUAUAAUUAUUGUAUAAUCCGCAUAAAUAUAUACAUAUACGUACGUGUAAAAAACGCGUGCUUAUACGAAAUAUACAUUAUAUCACAACCGUAUAUACACAUCCUCACAACGCUCGCCCGGAAUUAAUAUUGGACGAAACCACUUUGAUGUUUACAAGUUUACUAUAUAUUAUGUGGCCGUUUCAUUUUGUCUUAUACCCGAGGUAUUAUGACGUAUUUACCUGUAUAAUAUGUGAGUGUGAGUAAUAAUAAUAAUAUUAGUAAUAUAUAUAUAUUAUACCUACCACUCUGGUCGUUGUAAACGGGAAAAAGUUUCUCUUUUUAAUAACAUAAUUAUUGUUUCGUUUUAUUAGCCGUAAGAAUCAUUAUGUUAUCAUGUGUGUAUUAUACAAACUGCAAAAGAUGAUGCGUGCAUACAACGCACAUUAUAAUAUUAUACAGAAGCCACUAUUUGUACAUUUAUUUGUGUAUAUUAAACUAUAUAUAAUAAUAAUAAUAAUAAUGAAAGAUUCUGCAUAAUACGCGUUAAAAAUUAUUUACGAUUUGUUUUUUUUAUAUAUAUAAUGCUGAUUCUUGCUUCGCGUUGAUUAUUGCUGAUAAUGUCCAUAAUAUUUGAACCGAAAUGAAUCAUGUACGUUAUUUCAAUAAUUAUUGUCUGUGCAUCUAUCAUAAUAAUAUUAUAUGUAUGUCGUAUGAUGAUCAAAACAGUAAUAAUUUAUUAUGCUUUAUACGUCAUGGUGUAACGUGAAGACACCCGAAAGAACUUUUGUUCUAUUCGAUAUUUUUUAGGAUUUUUUAAACAUUUGUUUGUAAUAAUUACUAGAGUCUUGGCACACUAUGAUUCUUCUAUUGCAUGUUUUUUUGUUUUAAUUAAAUAAAACAUUUAAAUUUGUACAAAAUUAAAGAAGGCUAUUUUGUAAUAAUAUAUAUUUUGAAAUGUUGGUGCAGUUACAAAUAUUUAUUAAUGACGAACCGUUAUUUUUUGAAGUUUAAAAUGAUUCAAAUUGUUUUCAUUGUCACUAUAUAUACUAAAUAAUGUCCAUUGAUUCAUCAAUUUUUCCAUGAAACUUAAUGCUUUAUCGUUAGUAAAUGUGCAGUGUAAUACCGAAAUUUCGAUUCAAAAUAAAUGUAUAUAAAAAGGCCAUAUUAGACUUUGAAAAGCUAUUUGUUUGAAAAUUAAAAUUGUUUAAUUUUUGUUGUAAAAAAAAAAAAAAAUACAUUGUAUAAAAUAAAGGAAUCGUAGCGCAACGCUUUAGAAAAAUAUUGUAAGAAAAAAAAAACUUAAAAAUAUCGUAUAUCUUCGUGUUACAGCCUCCAGUAUAUCAGACAUUUAUUAUUCGACCGAGUCAAUACAAUAUGUAUAAUUGGUUGAUAAACUACUCGUAUACGAUUAGGUUAAAUUAAUUUUGAAUCUAUUUAAUACGCUACGAAAACGUGAUGCAGGCAUUAUGUUUAACAAUAAUUUCGGCCAUCACACACGAUCGAGCAUAAAAGAUCUUUUUCACGAUGCGAUUGAGCAAAUUUGUCGGCAUAUCAAACGGUAUAGAAUUAAUACAAAAGAAAACCUUCUCGAUUGAGUAUAACAAAUUCUGUGAUGUUACUAUUUAUUGUCAUUUUAAACAAUUCUGAAUUGUAUUAUACGAAAAUAAUAUUAAUUUAAAUAAUUGUAUUAAUGCAAAAUAUAUAGUUAGAGUUGAAAACUAAUAUCACUAUUUCAUGAUCAUAUUAUGUAUGCAUUGUUGACUUGUUAAAAAUAAUAAUAAACAACCAGGCCAGCUGGUUACUGUUGUCGUGAAAAAAAAAUUACAAAAACAUAAAAUUACGAAUUUGUUAUACCUUCGUAUCUGUUUCCAAUCAUUAUUUGUCUCGAGUAAAAUACCAACGAUUAAGUAUUGUUACAAUGUUGAAAGCUUUUAUAUUAAAUUCUACUUUAUUAUUUUAAUUUCUUGAGCGGUUUGUAAUUUUAUAUAAUUUUUUUUCAAUAAAUUAUAGUCGAGAGUUUUUGUUUGUGUAUAACGAAUGCACGGACACGAGGGUGAAGCUCGCGGCUCAUAUAAGCUAUUGGUAUCUUGGUGUGAAAAUAAUGUGAUACAAAAUUUCGGUUUGGCAACGUCGCGCAAAAUAAUGUUAUAUUUAAAAAAAAAAAUAUAUACUCUAUGUCCAAUCGUGUUACUAAAAAAUUAUAUGCUCAAUCGUGGUUAUUUUUUUGGGUGUGGGGGGGGAUUUAUCCGGCCACUAGGACCAUACUGUCUCACAGUCAAUUCUUCAGUCAUCUCUGUUCAUUGCCAAAUCCUUCCAGUUUGGUCUGCCUCGUAGUUCUUCAACGUCCCUAUUAACUGUAUCAAUCGUGGUUUACCGAUAAUUUCAUAUUUGUCGAGGGAACCCAUUUCGUAGACUUCUGAUGCGAUGUAGUAAAAUGUAUUAUACAUUAUUACACUCGCUGACCCGACAAUGCUUUGUUAUUGCUAUAGAUAAUAGUGUAAAAUAUAAUAGUAAUGAUAACAAUAAUAGUAAUACGCUAUGUAUGUAUACGGUAACAAAUCAACAUAAACAAUUAGAUAUUCGUACCAAAAAUACCUAAAAACCCCUAUUUUACCCCCUUAAGGGUUGAAUACUGGGAAAUACCUGCAAUGUACUAUAAUAUGUAUGUAUAAUAUAAUCGAUAUGUUAUUAUAAGUAUGAAUAAUAAAUAUAAUGUAUAAUUGAACAACGCUAUAUUAUGAAAAUAUAUAGAAUUAUUUGCUCGACCAAAAAGUAUAAUUAAAUAAUAUAAUAUCAGUACAACUAAUGCUAGUUUCGGCCGAAGUCAUUUUCAGGUUGCAUAAAUAAAAAAAAAAAAAAUAUUAUGUUAUCAUAUUUUUGGUCAAAUUAAUAAUUCUAUAUUUUCUCAAUAAAUUAAUGAAGCAAAUACAAUUUACUAUUAUAUUAUUAUAGAACAAAGUUAUCAUUAAAAAAAAAAAAAAAAAAAAAAAAACCACCUAAUAGCAAUAAUAAUGCAGUGAUAAUAUUUUUUUUGAUUAAUUAUACAGUUUGAAAAAUGAAACCCAUCGAAAUGCCAAUUCAAUUAAUUGAACUAGAAUUAUGUUCAUAUAUGAAUGUUCGCCAUUUGAUAGCCCGGGUGCGAAACGUGAUUUCGUUAAAUUAAUAUUCUAUAACUUGUUUGAAAAAUAUAAUAUUUUCGUCGGUGCGUAUAUUAUAAUAACAGCUACCCCAGCGUUUAAUUUAAUUUGCGGUCGAGGCGGAAAAAAAAAUACAACAUAAUACCUACCAAUUAAAUUAUAUUUAUUGAACUGUACUAUUACACAACUUAACGAUAGCAAACGAUUAGUGCACGACAAAGUGCAACGAUACGUACGACGCUGAAUUAUAUAUUCCAUACGCGUUUACGAAUCACAGUUACCAGUCGAAUUUUUUUGCAUACAGUUAAUUUACUCGGUGUGUACAACAUACAAUUUGAAAUGUCAGCGUUUUUAAAAUAAAAUAAAAUUAUCGGCGUUUAAUGUCUAUUCAAAUUUUAAAGUUUGAUAUUGAACAUACGAUAUUAUUGUUAGGCUUAGGGACUUCUAGCUCUAAAAAACAUCCGAAAUAUGCAAACAAUUAUAUUUUAAAAAACAAUAUAAUAUAUGUACUGAGAAAUACGCUAUAAAUGUAUAUAUUUUUUUUAUUGAUAUUUUUGUACUAAAAACUUGAUACAUAACUAAUUUAUUAAUGGUAUUUACGUAAGACCUUUGUGUUUUGAGAUGAAUAAUUUGAGAGUUAUUAUCGAUCAGACUCAAUGUCUAUUCAAUUUUACGAUAGUCUAUUCGCACAUCGGUGUGUAUGAAUUUGAACAAUGUUAAUCAAAAAAAGCGCAUGUACAAUAAUACGAUUGGAUACGAGUUCAUAUCCUUUUAUAGCAUUUAAAAAUCGGUAACCGCGGUUAAAAUACUCUCUAAACAGCAACAACUGUAAAAUAUGCAAAAGUAUGCGAAAUAACGUUUAUACGAUUUUACACGAUGAACAAUAUUUACGUUCGAUUCUUAACUAUUUGUUUAAUCUUUUAACAAUUAUAUGCAAACGCCAGACGUCUCUAAUUCUGAUUGUUAUAUACUCGUAUACAUAUGUAUAUAUAGGUAUAGAGAGGUAAAGUUGCAAUCGCAUUUUAAACGGUCGUGACUAUCUUUGACGUUCUAACGCCAAGUAUCAAUUUAAAAUUUGGUACGGACAAUAACGAAUAAACCUCGAUCGAGCAUCGACGAUCGAAAAAAGGAAACGCGAUCGUCGUAUAAAUUAAUAAUUUAUGACAAUACCAAUAAGUAUUGUGUAAUGUCUUAUUGUUUCUAUUUAUAUAGCAGAGUUUGCGUUCAACCGAAUAUCUAAUUUCCGUCUAAACUGAUAAAAACGUAUGGAAAUUAUUACUCAACCGCACUGUUUGCUGUCGCCUGCAAUCGUGACCAUUACGUUUUUAUUUGCUUUCGAUAUGCGCGUAUUUAAUAUAUAUGUAUGCAAUAGUUAUGUAUGCAAUGUAUUAUCAUGCUAAAACAAUGCGCAGGUACAUAUUUAUUGAUUAUUCUACGUGUACGUAUAUAACACGUUAUCUGUUAUCUUUACGAAUUUUCUCAAGUUUAUAUAGCUGUGCAGUAUGGUAAACCGUCGAGUUUUUUUAACUGAUUUCGCGUUGUGCAAUUUCAACCAUUCGUUUUUAACGUUUCUAUCGAAGACGUUAUAACAUACCUAUAGGUACCUGCUAUAGGUUAGAUUAGGUUAGGUUACUAUAAGUGAACCGAAACGCAUUAACGAAAUCGCAGUAAAACCGACUACCGCGACGUACGCUCCACACAUCGCAAUACUUAACGAAUAAACGGUGACGUCAUUUCUCAACUUUCCUAGCAGUUUUUUUCGACCUAUCAGCACUAUUAUUUUAUACAAUUUUCAAAAAAAAAUAAUAGUUUUAAUCCGUUCUAAUCGAAACAUAUUUUCACAAUCUUACAAUGAUUACAAUAUUCGGUUUUUAUAAUAAUUGUAAUUCGAUUAAAAAUAAUUGUAGACUUGAAAUUUUCACUAGAAAUUGUAGCUUUUUCUAUAGACGGUAUCAAAACAUUCUGGGCUUUUUGGGGCUGUUUACAUAGGCGUUUGAAUUUUUAGUUUUUAUUCGGUUUUACAUGGAUAACAUUGUUGUGGCCGAGCGAAAAUACUUGAAAAUUUAACAGGAGGUUCGUCAUAAGUUGUAUUUAAUGAUCGAAAGAAAAAUAAAUUUAAGCGUUAUUGUAGCUAGUACUGACAUAUGGGUAUUUUUAGAUGUGUUUAAAUUCAAAUUUUUUUUCUCAUACAUUUGAUUGUAGAUUUAUUCGAAUCACAUAAAGUAAUGUAUCAAAUUUAAGAAAAUUUAAAUAUGCGAUUUAGAUAUUCUUUAUAUAUUUCUAAGUAUGUAGUAUAGCACACAGUGGGUUAGCCAGAGAUUUAAGCGCUUUGGGGCAAGUUUAGGUUUAGCGUCCUACCUAUAUACUUGGUCGAUUUUUUUUUAGGAUAAAUUUGUUUUAAAUUUUUCCCUAAGUGGCUAUAAAUCCCUUGCUUCUUCAUCUCAACUAUUUAUGGUCGGUCGCCCUCGUUCUAAACUAUCACUUGACCCGAUCUCUAUCACUUCGCAUACAACGGCUGUUCUCAUAUUAUUAUCAUUUUAAAUAGCAUGUUUCGGCCUUCCCUUCACCUUUUCCCUACGUUUAUUUUCAUUAUAAUGCUUUAGAUUCCUCACCCUUCGUGACAUGCCCAACCAUCUCAGUUUAUUUUCUCUCAUUUUGUCUAUCAUUGAAGCUACGCCUAAGCUAUCUCUUAUAUGUACUUAUUCUUUAUCCUAUUUUCUCUCGUCAUUCCACUCAUCCGCCUAAGCUUUCUCAUCUCCGCUACAAUCGUUUUCUGCUCAAAUUCAAAAUGCACGUAGUACAAAUUAUAAUAUUUUCCAUUAAAAAUAAUUACAAUAAUUAUAAUUAAAUACGUAUUGAAAAUGUGGUACAAAUUAAUAUUACAUGUUUGGCGACCUGCGGAAGUUACCACCCCUAAUUACGCUACUGUAAAUAUAUACAUGAGUAUAAUAUUAUAAUUUGUUCCUGUCCGUAAUAUUGUUUAAUAACCUCCCCCCCAAAAAAAAAAAAAAAAUCCCCGCCAAUUAUCACAAACCCGUUAUCUUACCGUAUUGGCCGUAGAAUCGCGUUUACAUUAUUUUGUAUACAAGUGUUGUGUAUGAUAUUAUGUUAUUUUCUGGUCCGUGUCCGAACCAGAAAAACAAACUAUAAAUUCAACGCGGCGACUCACCGCCGUACGAUUUUAUAUACGCAUUUUAAACGAACGCGCGGCAAUACUGUUAUUGAAACGAUUAUAACCGUCCGAGACCUAUUAAUAAUAAUAUAUUUAGACUAUUCACACGGGGGGAGAUCGGGGCCACGACGUAAAUUAAGGACGGGCGUCCGAGAAUAUUGAUAGAUAGCAGAUGUCGCGUGCACGCCGAACGGCUCUCAUCGCGGAUAACCGAUUGUUUGUGUAACCGCGUUUGACGUACGGUUAUUGUAAUAUCAUAUGUGGCGUUGCGAUAUAUUUCACGAGGACAUUUGCAUUUCACGCCUUAUACACGCCGGCGGCGUAAGGUGCGCGCGGACGCGUCGUGUUACAGGGUGAUGUUGUUUUCAUCGCGGGCCGACACGCAGUCCGCAUGUCCGCACGAAGGUUUCGGGCGAAAUCCGACGCGGUUUUAAUUUUUGCAGUUUCGGCAGUAGCUACAUGUGUAGUAGCAACAUCGUCAUUGUAUUAAUAUUAUCAUUACUACACGUGACGUAUAGUAUCGGCAAAUGACGACGGUUUUAUUGAUUUGACAAUUGUUUUAUUAUUAAUAUUGUUAUUAUUUUUUUUUUUUACCACGCACCGCAAACACACACUUUUUAUCGUUUUUCGGCUCUCAAACGUUUUAAAAUCCCGAUUUGAAAAGAUAACACUUUUCAAAAAACAUCGAUAUCGAUAUGUUGUACUCAAUACAAGCAUAUUAAGCAUUAUUCAAAUCGUAUGCAUUUUUGCCGAACAACCAUAGUGACUUAAGGAUUUUUUAUUUUAAGCAUAACAAGUGUUAUAGAACAUAAUAUGCAUACCCUUAUGUCUUUUAGACCAGAAAAUAAAGGAAAACAAAUUUUAAAUGACAAAAUCGUAUAAAGAAAAGCCGAACAUUUUCUUGAGCCCAUCUUUCCCGAGGCCAAAGAUAUAUGCCCCGCGGUUAAAAUUCGAAAAAUCGAAACCGCGGUCGUAACUCUUGAACGGUUUAUUCGUUUCAACAAUUUUACUUGAAAGUUACAUUUUUCGAGAAUUCGAUUUUUAUAAAUAAAAUAUGAUGACUCUAAUAGGCAGACAUAAGUCGUUAACGAAAAUUAGUUCAACAAACGAUUAACGUGUUUUAAAUGUAACAAUUGCUUUGUUUUUUAAAUAUGAUUUAUAUUAAAUUAAUUAAUGUCAAUAUAAUAAUAUAUAACGAUUGAAAAACGCCACAAUCGAAAAUGCUCGAAUUCUUCGUACUUUGGCCGGUUUGUGUGACGAAAAUAUGAUGGUCAUAUACGAAUCACCCUGUAUAAUACGGAACGACAGUAUUUGUCAACAAUUCUAAUUAUUAUAAACGCGUUACGGUAUCGCGUAUACACGCGCCGGUCGGGUAAUUUCAUAGAUGUUAUAAUGUACAAAGUCACUUAUGUGACGUAUUGGUGAAAUGUACCAAAUUUGUUUACAAAUUUUUAAUAAUAAUUUUUUCGUUCAAAAAACAAUAUUUUCUUACCAAAAUAAUAAUAAUAAUAACAAAAAAAAAAAACUAUUGUGUUUUGUGUUAUACGCACUUAUAUUAUAUACUCGUAGGUACCCAUUGUUUAUUGAAUUGGUUUUUUUUAAAUAUAUAUACAUUAACUCGGGGAUGGAGAAGUUGUAUUUUGUGUUCUUUUAUUAUUUUUUUUUUUACUUUUUAAAUAACAUGUAUAUAAACGGAUAGGUUUUCAAAAAAUCGGUUUCGAACAAUGUUUUUAAUUAGAAUAUAGUUUUGGGAAAUUUUUUUUUUUAAUUUUGUUAUUAUUAACAUUAAUAAUAAUAAUAAUAAUAAUAUACUUUAUAAACUUUGUAAAUUAAUUAUUAUUUAUUUUGUUUGGAAAAAUAAAAGUAAAAAAAUACUCAUUAUUAAAGGAUCAAAGAGAUUAUACGUAUACACGAAACGAAUACAAAAUAAUUGGUUGUACGAAAAUACGAAGAUAUAUUUUAGCUUUUCUCUUAUUUUUACUGAAUAAUAUUUCUCUGUGUAUGUUUCUCGCUGUACGGUAUUUUUUAUUCCGUAUGGGAGUUAUUGAAACGAAAUGAUAUAUUAAACUCCUUCGCCAUAUUAUAAAAAUGUAUGAUGUCGAUAAAAAGAAAAAAAAAAAUCGCAAAUAACCGGACGUCUAUCAAUACUGCGCGCGCGCGCUUCACAAAUAUUUUUCUUUUCCCUUCGACGACGCGAUGUGUAUAUAAAUAUAUAUGCGAACGAAAGAAAACUAAAGAUUUUGCAUCCUUAACAAUUUUCCAAAGUAUACAGCGGCGUCAUUCACUCGUACGGUCUACCGGAAAUGACAUAUCCGGGCCAAAGACCGUGAUGUGACGAUGUGCUGCAUUGCGCACUGAACGGUUCGCGGUUAUUUUUUAAGAAAAAAAAUAGAUUACGCGUCAUUUCUUUUAUUUUUAUUGUAGACGAACAAAACUCAACGAAACCUUGUAAGUCAAAAUUUUGACAUUUAAAUUUAUUUUCGAUACAUUUUUUAGUUUUUCAGUUCUCCUGCGAAAUUUAUUCGAAUCGACCUACGACGUUUCGCUGGGUGUAAUCAGAAAUAUAGCAUAUUGAGACGAUUUAUUUUUACUAUAAAUAUUGUCGCCUACGCAUCACAUUCUAUAGGUGAAACAACAACGUCUGGGUGUUAUUAUUUUUUGAGAAUAGGUUCCGAUAAUAUUAUAUGUUAAAAUGUACGCGGACGUGGCUGCUGCAUUCAGCGCCGAAGUUUCUCAGCAGAAAUAUCUAAAACGCUUGUGUAAAAAUAAUAAUAUUGCGCUUCCGUUCGUAAAAUGUUGUAAAAACGCGUGUGUGAGGCGUGUUUACGUCGUUUAUAUGUGAUUUUAUAAUACUAUUAUAACGAUAUUAAAUAGAUACCGCCGUGACAAAACGCAUACAAGGUGUCUGUUUCGCCGUGCAGUGACUUUUCCGCUUCGAGUACCGUUAUACAAUAAUUAAUUGUUCAAACCUGACUGUCGGAAAUCAAUAUUUGUGUUUAUGGAGAUAAAUGCCACUGCUAUAAGCGUAUGGGUUUCUAUAGUAUGUUUGGUCCGAGGGAAGAAAAGCUUAAGUAAAAUAUGUUGUCUAAUUUUUUUCAAUAUAAGCGUAUCGAAUGUCGAGAAUCGCUAAACGGCUAUAAAUUACCGUUUUCAAGUACGCCUUAGCGAUGCAUCACGAUUAGAUCAUAAUUUUCAAUAUAAAAUGUGUAUACGCACACUUCUGUCAUUUAGAUUUAAAAAUAAAGGAGUAAUUGCAUAAGACAUAAAAAAAAAAGUUAAAAAAUGAUAUAAGUUCUUCUUCUUCCUCGGGACAGAAGAUUUAUGUCAAAACAUUUUCGGUACGUCUUGGAAACCGUUAAAAAUUUACCGGCCCACCUCGCAAUGUGUGAGACGCCCCGGAUACGUUUUAUACACUCGGAAAUUUAGCAGUUCGCGUAAGACUGUUUACCGAAUACACACAGUUAAAUUUCGCCGGGAUAAAUCAUUAGACAAAGACCAAAAAAAAAAGCAAAUCCGUUUUGUCUGCGGUUUGAUUGGCGGCGAGGCUUAUUUCAUUUUCCGUCGCAGUCGUCGCUCGCAUCACCGUGAGUAAUCCCACGCCGCCCAAGUCCUGCGGUCCGUUUGUAUAAGUCUAUAUAACAUAAGUAGGUACUGUAUAGUCUGUCUGUCUGUCCGUUGAUUUCUGUCACGUUUUUGCGACCACGGUGUCUGUGGCCUGUAUUGGGAAUUAUUGUUAUUAUUAUUAUCAUCACCAUCUCUGUUAUCGUGACCUUUUGCAACACGCUUCGAGACGGAGAUAACGUAACGACAAUACGAUUUAAUAUUAAACGGCGACUUUCAGUAAGUCGUUAACCGACAUAAUGUUGUUUUGUUCGCCAACAGGUGUUUUAAUACAACCCUGUACAUAUAUAUAUAUAUAUAUAUUAAUGUCGUAUGUACAAUUGGUGCGAUUCUGCGCAGCGUGCCGAGCGCUUGCGUAUAAUAUUGAUAUUAGUAUUUUUGUUUUAGUUUUUCGGUUUUUCUCGUAGUUUUACAUUAUAAUUGAGAAAACCCGGCGGAAAAGCGUACGAAAACCCGGAAAGUUUAUCACGGCAAUGCCGCGGUUUCAUUAUAUAUUCGGUUUUGUGAUUUUCUCGUCAUUCGGUUUUAAAUCACUGCAGAGACUCGAAUCCGUAUUUCACAGAAUAACUACUUAAAUUAUUAGCUCUGUCUAGACGCGGUAAAACGUUGGUCUGGAGAUUUUCGAGCUACUCAAAGGUAUUUGAUGUUUCCUAGUAUUUUUUUUUUUUUUUUUUUAUAUUUAGUUUUCCAAUUAGUUUUAUGUGAAUACAAUUGUUUUAGUCAAACAGAAACGCUUGACAAUUUAACGCGAGGUUCAUCACAUUAAAAGUCGUACUUGUAGGUAAAUAAAACAUAUUGAGCGUAAUGUAGUUGUUUUAUUUUUAUUUUUUUUAUAAGCGUUUUAAGUUUAAAUUUCGGCGAAAACCAUACGAAUAGCGGCAUUUUAAGACAAAAUGUGUAGCCGAAUUUUGUUCAAAAACGUAUUUCAUUAGCAAUGAUUCAUUUUCGCGUACACAGAUACAUGAAUUAAAUAACUAUGACGCGUGUAGCUAUGCAUGACCAAUAAUAUAAACUUCCCAAACUUUUUUUUUAGUUUUACCAUAAUAUAUUAUUAUUAUCUCGAGUACGAGAACGAAAAUUCUGUUCGUAAGUAGCAUAAUACUUAUACUGUAACAAAUCUUAUCGCAAUCUUAUUCGUGUAUUAUGCUUUUGUUCGGUAUAUUAUAUUUUAAUAUUUCGUCGCAUACAAUAAUAAAUGUUACGGCAAUAUGUAUGUAUAGCUAGGUACCUAUGUAUACAAUACUCGUAUUAUAUUGUAUAAAUAUUGAAAUCAAUUUGGAAACCGCUGACUUUGUUAUUAUUAUCCGUCUUUGUGUUAAAUUAUAGUAUAUUAUAUACAUUAUAAGACGAUUGAAUUUUCCACGGAAUAAAUUAUACUUUCGUAUAAAUAUUACCAUAUCGUAUGAUUCACAUUUAUCGGCGGAGAUUUUCGAUGAUAAUAAUAAUAACAAUAUUAAUAAUAAUAAUAAUUAUAUUAUUUUAACGCAGUCGUAAAAUAUACAACUCGUAAUAUUGCGGGAUUAUGCUAUAGACGUUUCAUAUAGUUGUGCACAAUACAUAUUUAUAAUAAUAUUUCGAUUAAUUGUCUUCGUUUGUUUUUAAUCUUUUGUAUAAAAACAACGAUUUUUAAUUUUUAUAUCUUUUUUUUUUUCAGGUAAGUGUAUACGGUGAAUUGUUUGUUGUUUGUACAUAAAACUCAAGUAGUAUGGAUUCGCAGUGAGUAUAAUAUGAUAUAUUAUGUUUGAUAAUUUUUUCAAUAAUAUAAUAA